GCUUCAGUCCUGUCUGCCCACAACAUCAACUACACGGUGAAGGUGUCAACCAAUUUGGGGCUGGUGAAGACUGACAAGGAAAUAUUAUUUAAUGUCUCGUAUGUGGAAUAAAGAACGAAUAACGUAAAACUAAAUUACUUGAGAGCAAUAAUUCGUCUAUAGAAAGAAAUAUUAUUUUUUUUUGGGGGGGGGGGGUGGUUNUUGAAAUUAAUUCUCCUAAGUUUAUAAUAGGUGUUUGAUUACAUAAUGUUUUGUUUGAAUUUGUAUAAUUUUUACGGCUUGAAAAAUCAAUUAAAAAAAAAACACAAACUACACCAACAAACAACUGAUAUCUUCCAAUUUAUGGUAAGGGUGAUUUCAGUUAUUUUGAACUCUUCAAAAGUAACGCAUGAUUUUUGUCUCCUAUCCAGGGGAAUUUUCAAGAAAGGUUUGAACGCUGUACUGGGACCAACUGGCUCAGGGAAAUCAUCGUAAGUCAUUUUGGAGCCUUGUAAAAGGAGCUCUACUUUAAAAAGAUAUUUGCAAAUGGCAUGUGCUUUGUAUAUAUAUAUAUAUAUAUAUAUAUAUAUAUAUAUAUAUAUAUAUAUAUAUAUAUAUAUAUAUAUAUAUAUAUACAUAUGUUAUAUGACAUACUCUUGUCUUCGCGAGACGAUGAAGUAGCUAUUGAUACAUCAUCUUAUGGCUUACUAUGCCGAUUUUGGCUUAGCAGUCUCGGCUGAAGUUCUCGAAGGAGAACAAUGAUUUUGGUCAGCUUGGGCCGUCCGUAAUGCUCUUAAUGUUUCAAGGAUUUUAUUUUGCGCCUGUUUAACCCCCUCAUACUCUGUUGUUUAACCCUCUCAUACUCUGUUGUUUAACCCACUCAUACACUGUUGUUUAACCCCCUCAUUCACUGUUGUUUAACCCCCUCAUACAGCAGAACGGUGCUCUUACAUACGUUGAAUGUUUUGCUGGCUUCCCUCAUGUUCCUUUGCAAAGUCUUUAAAUGUUAGCCACGGCCGUACAAUACGUCUUGCUCCAUCUACCAACUCUAAGUAAAGCAGAUUCCUGCGAAUGCGGCCUUUUCCCAUUUACUUAAAUGGCAUAACCAGCGAAGGCGCAUUUUGUCAAGAGCUAAGAACAUGCUACACAUUUUGGCUUGAUCCAAAACCCCAGUGUUGGUCACUUUGUUCAGCCCUCGGCUUCACAAAAUGCGAUGCAGACAUCUUUAUUUAUGUAUAACUUAACACAGUGAGCGAGUAAACAUGAAUGUAAAACGGAAAAGAUUUACACCAUAAAACUAUUUGUUUAAAACAAUUAGGAUGUUUCACUCUCUAGUUAAGUCAUACGUAAUUAACUCUAUUACGUAAAUCUUUCUACUUUUCAGCUUUCUUGAUGUGUUAGCUGGCAGGAAAGAUCCAGAUGGUGUAUCUGGACAACUCCUUUUGGAUGGCAAACCUGUGCCUAAAAACUUCAAGUGCAUGGUGGGAUAUGUUGUGCAGGUAUAGUAGAGUUUUACAUCGAUAGAAUAUGUCAUUGUGGGAUAUGUUGUACAUGUAUUAUUAGAGUUUACUUCAAUCUAUGUCUUUUCAAUGGUUGGUUAUUCCGGUCUAAGUAUUAUGCUGAGUGGUCGAUCAUUUCCAUAUGUAAAUGUUUGCAUUUCAAUUUGUGUUUUAUUGUAUGUGGUUUAGGAUGAUGUUGUGAUGGGAACGCUGUCUAUCAGAGAAAACUUUGCCUUCUCUGCUGCCUUAAGACUGCCCACAUCGGUUAGGGCGAAUGAGAGAAAAGAAAAGAUCGACCAGGUUAUCAAAGAACUUGGCCUGGAGAGGUGUGCUGACACCAAGGUAAGAAAUGUAGUGUUACUAAAAUAACUUGAUCUCGACAGGUGGGAUGCCACCAGGGUAAGAAAUGUAGUGUUACUAAAAUAACUUUAUUUAUACAAGUGUGCUGACACCAAGUUAAGUAAUGUAUUUCCUUUGAUGAGGCCAACUGAGCAGCUUUAACCUAACAGUGGGAGAAUCGAUAAGAUCUGCUAAAUAGCCUUUAAUUAUGCUUGGAAAGGAUUACAUUUUAUGACAGUUUCAUCUGUCACCAGAUUGUCUAAACUGUCUAAAUAACGCUUCUAAAUGUAAUUAAAAUGGUUCCAGAGAAGUAAAUGUCUGGACACAUUCUUCAAAAUAGAGAAUGUUUCUGUCAAUCUAAAUACAGAAUGUUUCUGUCACUCUAAAUACAGAAUGUUUCUGUCACUCUAAAUACAGAAUGUUUCUGUCACUCUAAAUACAGAAUGUUUCUGUCACUCUAAAUACAGAAUGUUUCUGUCACUCUAAAUACAGAAUGUUUCUGUCAAUCUAAAUAUAAAAUGUUUCUACCAAUCUCAAUAUCUAAUGUUUCUGUCAAAAUAAAAAUAGAAUGUUUCUACCAAUCUAAAUAGAUAAUGUUUCAGUCAAUCUAAAUAUAGAAUGUUUCUAUCAAGCUAAUUACAUAAUGUUUCUGUCUAUCUAAAUAUAGAAUGUUUCUAGCAAUCUCAAUAGAUGAUGUUUCUGUCAAUCUAAAUAUAGAAUGUUUCUACCAAUCUCAAUAGAUAAUGUUUCUGUCAAUCUAAAUAUAGAAUGUUUCUACCAAUCUCAAUAGAUAAUGUUUCUGUCAAUUUAAAUACAUAAUGUUUCUGUCAAUCUAAAUAGAGAAUGUUUCUGUCAAUCUAAAUAUAGAAUGUUUCUGUCAAUCUAAAUAUGGAAUGUUUCUGUCAAUCUAAAUAUAGAAUGUUUCUGUCAAUCUAAAUAUAGAAUGUUUCUGUCAAUCUAAAUAUAGAAUGUUUCUGCCAGGUUGGCAAUGAAUUUAUCCGAGGAGUUUCAGGGGGGGAGAGGAAAAGGUGCAACAUUGGCAUGGAGCUCAUCAUCUCCCCUGCCGUGCUAUUUUUAGAUGAGCCGACGACAGGUCUUGAUGCCAACACUGCAAACAUAGUUCUCAAGUUUUUGAAAAGGUUUGAAUGGUUGUCAGAUCAGUGAUCCCCCAACAGUGGGGCAAUGUUCCCUAAAGCUAUGUGAGAUGUGUAUAGUGUGGCUAAGGAUAAUUCUUAAUGAAGUAAUUUAAAAUAAUGUCGUAUAACAAAUUGUGUUACAAGUUUUUAGCUAAAGCGCUCAUCAUAAAUUAAAAUUUGUCAUGAAGAAUGAUAAUAUAAAUAUUUAAAAAAAAAUAAUGAUAUUUUGAAAUAUUUAAAUUCAAUCAUUUAAAAAAGAAGAAAAAUUUAAAAAAACUAGAUCCCUGAAAGUUAAAAAUUUUUUUUUUAUUUAAAUCAUGUCUUCCGGAAUAUUUAUAAUUUUGCAAACAAAAUAACUAAUGAACAGGGACAAUUAAAGUAACAGAUCUGAGGGGAAAAAAAUGUAUCUAAACAUUUAAAAAAAUAGGAUAUUGUUUUUGUAGAGAUCAUUCUAUUUAAAUAAAUAUGAUAUUGGUUUAUAAUCAUCAUUCUAUUUCAAGAAACAUGAUAUUGGUUUGUAAUGAUCAUUUCAAAAAGAAAAAGAAAUGUUAAAAAAUUGUAUAUAAUCAACAUUUGUGCUAUUUUUUAUAACACAAUCUUUGAUAUAUAUUUUACAGCCACUUAAUAUAAUUAAACAAUACAUAGCCUUACUUUUAAGUUUCAAACCUUAGAAAUAGUCUUAUAACAGCUAACAAUAGCAUUACAAUAGCCUAACAAUAGGUUAACAACAGCUUAACACUAGCAUGGUAAUAGUUCACAGUGAAUUAAAAAUAACUUAACAAUAGCCUGAAAUAGAUUAAUAUAUAAACCAUAGAAUAACAAUCUAUUGACAUUAAGAAUAGCAAUCUAUAAACAAUAACAUAACAAUAUUUUAACAAUAACAUAACAAUAGAUUAACAUUGACAUAAAAGCUAUUAAUAAUAACAUUACAUUAUAUUGAAAAUAGAAUAACAAUCUAUGAACAUAACAAUCUAUUAAAAAUAAUACAACAAUCUAUUAACAAUAUUUUUUUAAAUACAUCGCCAUCGGUUGUUCUGUUAAAAUCUCCCAUAAAUUUAAUGGCCACUAAAUGUAUCUGUCUCUCAAUGUUUAGUGCAAUUAUAAGACCCGACUAAUAUGCACUCCCCAUCUGCGUCCCCCGUCUAGCACUUGAUGACAUACGCACCGGAUGCGCACAAAGCAUCAUCUAUUUGAUCAAACUUAUAGAGCUGACAGUAGUAUUUGUACUGGAGCUCCAAAGGGGAAAUAGACAUACAUUUACGAGACUCAAAUUGAUAUGAUUCAAUAUAAUAAUUAGUAUAAUCCACGGAUCUUAUCUUACUGAGAAGAGGUCACUGAAUUUUAUGAUGUUUCUUGGUUUUUUUGUGUUUGUUUCCAGACUGUCUCGCAGAGGAAGGACCAUCAUCUUCUCCAUCCACCAACCCCGUUAUUCCAUCUAUCGUCUGUUUGACAGUUUGAUGCUCUUAUCUCAAGGUCACACCGUGUAUCACGGACCAUCGGAGGAAGCUUUGGAAUUCUUCACUUCCCAAGGUCAGUGUUGUCUUUACAAGGUCAGUGUUGUCUUGACAAGGUCAGUGUUGUCUUGACACGGUUCGUGUUAUCGUAGUACAAUCUGAGUUCUUUGGAAAGGAUAUUCGCAUAUUUAAAAAAACAACCUAAUAAGUUUGAAUCAAGAUUAAUGAAUUUCAACAUAAGUACUUCAAUUAAUUUUCCCUAUCAGAUCAAUAAUCUUGUGGUAGAAAAGACAUAUAAUGUAUGCUAUUUAGUAAUUUUUAAAACAGUAUGUUAUAGCCUAAAUCAGAGAGGAGUCUGGUGAAUAUACUCUUAAUAUGCUCACACAUAAUCUUUUGGGGCCGAGCUACUCGUCUUAAUGGGCAAUGCAAAUCUUCAUGAACUAUCUAUAUUAAGUGGGCUUAGGACUCAACUAGACAUCCCAACUCCAACAGAAUUCCCCACUCCACUGGACCUCCCCACUCCACCGGAAAUCCCCACUCCACCAGACCUCCCCACUCCACUGUACCUCCCCACUCCACUGUACCUCCCCACACAGCCCUUAAAAGAUGUGUAUUGUUUGUUGUAGUAUCUGUAGUGGUCUUCAAUGCAUCGGCAUUCUCCAAUUUUUCCCAUGCUAGAGAGUUAGUGUCAAAACAGUCCUACUUUAUGGUGCAUAAACUUGGAAAACAACAGUGAGCCUUAUGCAGAAAGUGCAGACUUUCAUAAACACAUGCCUUAGAAAGAUCCUUAAAAUCAAAUGGCCAAAUACUAUCACCAACAAAGAUCUACUAGAAAGGACAUACCAGGUGCCAAUCGAUGAAGAUAUCAUAAUGAAAAUAUGGAGAUGGAUAGGGCAGACGCUCCAAAAAACCGCCCAGAUAGCACCAACAGACAAUGCCUAACAUGGAACCCACAGAGAAAAAGAAAGAGAGGAAGGCCUAAGAAUACAUGGAGACGUGAGCUAGAGGCAGACACGCAAAAUAUGGGAUACACCUGGAAGCCAUUGGAAAGGAAAGCACAGGACCAUGAUGAGUGGAAAGUUCUUGUAGACGGCCUAUGCCCCAGACGGGGUAGAAAGGCAUAAGUAAGUACGUAAUAGAUUGAAUCGAAGGGUUACAUACUAUUCAAAAAGACUUUGAUUUUGAACUUCUAGGCUACGUCUGUCAGGAACAUAACAACCCUUCAGAUUUUUUCUUGGAUGUCAUAAACGGAGACCCAACAACAUUUGCCGCUAAUGGCAUGAGCGUUGAUGAACAAGUUGAAUCUGACCUUGAAAGUAAGUUAUUCCUUUUUUUCUCACUCAUACCAAAUUUUUAAAAAAAAUUGAUAAUAAAAUAAAUUAAAUGUGUUUAUUUCACAAAGUUUAAUUUGCUCUAGACAAACUUCUUGGACACAAAUACAAAGACUUCAAACUAGACAUGCAUCAUUUCUUUUUCUUAAAUUAAAAAAAAAAACAGCCUAUUGCUUUCUUUAUCCAAACAGAUUCUCAAAGUCAACAUGGAAAAUUAGUGGCAGGAUUUAAAGAUUCAAUAUGGAACUCAAAGUAAUUUAAUUUUUAAUUAAAAAAAAAUCUUAUAGUUAUAAAUAACACGAAGAAUAAAAACGUAAUAUUGCUAUAUGACCUACAGAAAAUGAGAUUUUGUGAUUUAGAUUUUAUUUUUAUAGUUGUUGAAGAAAAGAAAGUUGCAAGAAUUUUAGUCUCAACUCUGAAUCUCAUAGCUUCAAGACUUAAAAGUCCUUUGUUUCAAUUCGUACCUCUUAAAAUGUGUCUUUUGAAUACGUGUGUGUCUCUAUAUAAAAUUGUGUGUGUGUUUAGGCUUCAAGAAGAAGCAGCGGACAUUUGGAAAAAUUUUGAAGCUAAUGGAGGCGUCAUGGGUCAACAUCAUGAAGCUCUUGAUUACGUUACGCCAUUUGGCCAUCAAGUAGGUCAAGAGAAAACUUAUUUUUUUCAACUUAUUAGUUAAAAAUGAACAUAAUAAACGGAAACAUCAAUGAAUUUUAUCAAUAAUUUGGUGUAAAUAUUUGAAUAAUUCUUAAAACUUAUGGUUAAUAUUAAACUUAAAAGUGUAUGCGAGAUUUCAAAUACUAAUUAUGUGGACAACUGUAUGCGAGAUUUCAAAUACUAAUUAUGUGGACAACUGUAUGCGAGAUUUCAAAUACUAAUUAUGUGGACUACUGUAUGCGAGAUUUCAAAUACUAAUUAUGUGGACAACUGUAUGCGAGAUUUCAAAUACUAAUUAUGUGGACAACUGUAUGCGAGAUUUCAAAUACUAAUUAUGUGGACAACUGUAUGCGAGAUUUCAAAUACUAAUUAUGUGGACAACUUUAUGCGAGAUUUCAAAUACUAAUUAUUUGGACAACUGUAUGCGAGAUUUCAAAUACUAAUUAUUUGGACAACUGUAUGCGAGAUUUCAAAUACUAAUUAUUUGGACAACUGUAUGCGAGAUUUCAAAUACUAAUUAUUUGGACAACUGUAUGCGAGAUUUCAAAUACUAAUUAUUUGGACAACUGUAUGCGAGAUUUCAAAUACUAAUUAUUUGGACAACUGUAUGCGAGAUUUCAAAUACUAAUUAUUUGGACAACUGUAUGCGAGAUUUCAAAUACUAAUUAUUUGGACAACUGUAUGCGAGAUUUCAAAUACUAAUUAUUUGGACAACUGUAUGCGAGAUUUCAAAUACUAAUUAUUUGGACAACUGUAUGCGAGAUUUCAAAUACUAAUUAUUUGGACAACUGUAUGCGAGAUUUCAAAUACUAAUUAUUUGGACAACUGUAUGCGAGAUUUCAAAUACUAAUUAUUUGGACAACUGUAUGCGAGAUUUCAAAUACUAAUUAUUUGGACAACUGUAUGCGAGAUUUCAAAUACUAAUUAUUUGGACAACUGUAUGCGAGAUUUCAAAUACUAAUUAUUUGGACAACUGUAUGCGAGAUUUCAAAUACUAAUUAUUUGGACAACUGUAUGCGAGAUUUCAAAUACUAAUUAUUUGGACAACUGUAUGCGAGAUUUCAAAUACUAAUUAUGUGGACAACUGUAUGCGAGAUUUCAAAUACUAAUUAUGUGGACUACUGUAUGCGAGAUUUCAAAUACUAAUUAUGUGGACAACUGUAUGCGAGAUUUCAAAUACUAAUUAUUUGGACAACUGUUUGUCUCAGAUUCUGGUCCUGGCCAAAAGAGCUAUGAUGAAUAUGUUGAGAAAUCCACAGACAAGUAUCCUCACGGUAAUUAUUCUCUUUAGAUUUCUACAUUUACUUUGGAUGUGUCGUUAUAGGGCCACAAUGUGUCGUUAUAGGGCCACAAUGUGUCGUUAUAGGGCCACAAUGUGUCGUUAUAGGUCCACAAUGAGUCAUUAUGUGGCCACAAUGUGUCGUUAUAGGGCCACACUGUGUCGUUAUAGGGCCACAAUGUGUCGUUAUAGGGCCACAAUGUGUCGUUAUAGGGCCACAAUGUGUCGUUAUAGGGCCACAAUGUGUCGUUAUAGGGCCACAAUGUGUCGUUAUAGGGCCACAAUGUGUCUUAUAUGGCCACAAUGUGUCGCUAUAGGGCCACAUAGUUUGUAUCAACUACAUACAAAAUACACCUAUUAUAAAUAUUAUGCUUACACACAUUUUGAAUCAAAUAAUAUAUCAGUAUUAUUUCUUAUAUAACAAUAUAUUCUUAGACUAAAUUUACCAGCUAAAUUUGCUUUUCUAAAAUGUUUCAACAAGAAUAUUAUUUUUCGAAGAACUGACUAACCCUGUAACUUGUUUGAAACGUCUAAACAUAAAAUCUGUUCUAUAAUUGUCCAGGUGUUCACCUCUCUGUUUCUAGCCCUACUUAUCAGUGUGUUAUACUGGCAACUUGGUGAUAAUCCAAACCGCGCCUUCAAAGAUAGGUGAGAUUAUUAUAAGUUUAUAUUGUGUUGAUUUCAUAUUAGUGUUAAGAUAAGAGACUUUUUAAAAGACCAUGUGUUACUCACCUACUUUGUAGAACCUAUUUUAACAACAAUAUAAUUCUCCAUAAACGCUCAAUGUUCAUUUUAAAUCUUCAUUAAAAAAAAAAAAUUAUUUCUUGAAACCAAUAUUUCUUUUUUUACAAUAGCGAAAUACAGUAUGUAACAUAAUACAGUAUGAAAAAAAUGAAGGUACUGAAACUCCAGCAUAUUGAACGCGCAUAUGCGUUUGUCAAAGGUGCAUAGUUCCAGCUGCUACGUGCAUAGUUCCAGCUGCUACGUGCAUAGUUCCAGCUGCUACGUGCAUAGUUCCAGCUGCUACGUGCAUAGUUCCAGCUGCUACGUGCAUAGUUCCAGCUGCUACGUGUUCCUCAUGCAAAGGAAGAUCUUUGAGCCAUGUGUAGUUGGAAGUGAUUUUCUAGACGAAGAAAAACGUAUUGACAGCUGAAUUCUAGUUUCGCUCUUACGCCAAGUCCUGAGUGAAAACAGAUCUUAAAAAAAAGGUUUUUACAAAUUACAAGAGAAAUUUAAUAAGCUUGUAACACGGCUAUAUUGUCUAAUGUUUUGACUUUAAGCCUCUCUGGAAAUUUAGACUGUCAAGGGAAAGGGACGUUUGGCUGAAGAGUGGGACAACAUUGCUGUAGACAAUAGGGAACUAUAGAUGGUAGAGGAGUGGGAGCAAUAUAGAGGUAGAAGAGCUGGACAAUAUAGGAGUAGAGGAGUGGGGGAAAACAUGGAUUUAGAAGAGUGAGGGACAACAUAGAUGUAGAAGAGUGGGGCAACAUAGCUGUAGAAGAGUGGGGGACGAAAUAGAUGUAGAAGAGUGGGGGAAACAUAGCUGUAGAAGAGCAGGGCAACAUAGAUGUAGAAGAGCAGGGCAACAAAGUUAUAGAAGAACAGGUCAACAUAGAUUAGAAGAGUGGGGGACAACAUAGAUGUAAAAGAGUAAGGGAAAACAUAGAUGUAGAAGAGCAGGACAACAUAGAAGUAGAAUUGUGGGGGCAACAUAGAUGCAAAAGAGCAUGGCAACAUCUCUUUAGAAGAGUUGAAAAACGUAGCUGGUAGAGGACAAAAUUGCAUUAGAAGAGUGAGUAGGGCAACACAGUUGUAUACGUGUAAGGACACAUAACCGUAGAAGAGUGAGAAACAUAGCUGGUAGAGGAGUGGGAGCAUCUGAAAGAGCUGCUGGCGCCUUAUGUACCCACUAGACGACUCCGCUCAUCCGAUAGUGGCAAACUCUCGACACCACGUGUUCGCCUUGAGACUUACGGAAAGCGCACUUUCGCAUUUGCUGGUCCAACAAUUUGGAACGCCCUUCCUGUUGUUCCCAGAAACAACCAGACACUGGAGUCCUUUAAAACCGAUUUAAAGGCACAUCUAUUUCGCAAACACCUUCUGGGAUGAUUGUCUACCAUAUUUUCCAUUUAAUGCAUAUUGGUUGUGUUGCUUAGGGUUGAAAUUGCUAGAAAGACUUUGAUAUUGUAUGCUUGUAAUUAGUUUUUGUAGUGUUGCGUUUGUUUUAAAUGUGGUAAAUUAUAGAUAUGUUUUGUUUUUUGUUGACUUUGUACCGUGCUUCGAGCCUUUUGGGAUGAAGCUUGUUUUUGAAAUGAACUUUAUUAUUAUUAUUAUCUAAGAUGUAGAAGAGUGGUAGCACUAUAGUUGUAAAAGAGUAAAGCAACAUAGCCGUAGAAGAGAAAUACACCUGUAGAAGAGUGAGUUGGGCAAUAUAGCUGCAGAAGAGUUGUAACACCAUAGCUGUAGAAGAGUGGAAAAACAAAGCUGGUAGAAGACCCUGAGGUACUCUCUACUAGAUCCUUGCCUAUCUCCAAUAUUAGUUUGCACACGUGGAGCAUAUGUCAGACCUAACCGAGUGGCAUUAUAUUAACCACAAAUGAUCUUAUAGUUAGGAUUACACCAGCACGCACACACCAGCACGAUGUAAGACUACGCGCAGGGCUGUGCGUCUAUAAAGGAUAAUCGCUAAGUGGGUAAUGCUGUACGCGCCAACGUAAUGUGAACAUCGGCACAGAUCAACAUGUGUUACUAGGACUAUAUAAAUAUAUCGUCGCUCGUCUCAUACGCACGCACGCGUGGGUCUGGAAAAGACAUGACGCGCAGCCGUAUAUUUUAACUAUUGCGUUAUCGUUGUUAAGGACUUCCUUCACGAGCCUGGGUCGUUGUUAAGGACUUCCUUCACGAGCCUGGGUCGUUGUUAAGGACUUCCUUCACGAGCCUGGGGCUCUAUCAACUUGAAAAUACUGCUUAACAAAAUGUACAGGAAUUAGCGCAUUACAACGACGUAAUCAAAGGUGCUCUAAAAUAUAAGAAUAUAAACAUUGGCAUCGCUGCUUACAAAAUAGCCAUACACAGACAGUGGAAGAGCUAAAAACAAAUGCUGUUUGCUACAAUUCAAAAUGAGCGGCUUUUAUGGAACUGCCUGGUGUAGCACACGCAGGAAAACAUUGCCGUUUGCGUCACGUGCAGUGGCGUAGCGAGGGUGUUUGGCGCCCGGGGACAAGAUUCGCGCCCGGGGACAAGAUCCAUUUUUAGCGCCCCUUUUUCUUUUUUUUCAACUCUCAAACCCAUUAUUUUCAUCAAUAAAAUAAUAUCAAAGCACAUUUUGGCGCCCCUAACUAGCUGGCGCCCGGGGACAUCUGUCCCCCCCUGCCCCCACCAUGCUACGCCUCUGGUCACGUGUUUGCCAUAGGUCAACCGUGGUGUAAGGAUUGUCCCUGGCGUGUGUAAAUAACCAAACAAGAGUUUAAGGCCCUAGCAUCUCAGUGGGUGUAGACGUGCCUGGUGUUACCCACAUGAGUGACACUUAGAGUGCUCGCUCCUUAUUUCUAUGGUUGGCACAGGGCUACGUAAUCAUGGUAAAUCGUUUAAUUUACGUUUAUAUUAAAACAAAAUUGGAACUCGGAGCAGUGGAAAAUUUUAAUAGCUCUGCUCCAAAUCCUUGUUUCCAAUGACAACUGCCCAAUAAUCUUUCAUUUCAAUCUUAGAAAUACGUCACAUUUGGAAUUACGCAGUAGAGGAGUGGGAGCAUUCAACAUGCCGGAGUUUUAGAACUGUCACUUUUGGUGUUCGCUUCAUUAGCUUUUGAUAGCAGCGAUAGAGGAGUGGGAGCAUUCAACAUGCCGGAGUUUUAGAACUGUCACUUUUGGUGUUCGCUUCAUUAGCUUUUGAUAGCAGCGGUAGAGGAGUGGGAGCAUUCAACAUGCCGGAGUUUUAGAACUGUCACUUUUGGUGUUCGCUUCAUUAGCUUUUGAUAGCAGCGGUAGAGGAGUGGGAGCAUUCAACAUGCCGGAGUUUUAGAACUGUCACUUUUGGUGUUCGCUUCAUUAGCUUUUGAUAGCAGCGGUAGAGGAGUGGGAGCAUUCAACAUGCCGGAGUUUUAGAACUGUCACUUUUGGUGUUCGCUUCAUUAGCUUUUGAUAGCAGCGGUAGAGGAGUGGGAGCAUUCAACAUGCCGGAGUUUUAGAACUGUCACUUUUGGUGUUCGCUUCAUUAACUUUUGAUAGCAAAGAAGUAGCAACGCUUUAUAGAAUGACAUAUUUGAUAAGCGAAUGCUUUAAAAUGCUCUUUAAUAAAAUAUGGAUUAAUAAUCCAAUAAUCAUUAUCUAAUAAUGUCUGUUACACAUAUUUAAUAAAAAAAUUUGACCCAUAUUUGGGAUCGUAUCUUUACAGACGUCGUGACGUCAAAUUCUGUUGUUUACUUCUACUGAAAUAAGUUGUUUUAACAAUCAUUUGAAUUGGCUUCUUUGUGUUGAUCACGUCAUCAGAUCGGGUGUUUUGUUUCUAGUCAUCAUGAAACAGCUCUUCAUCAACUUGACCGCCAUCCAAGUCUUCAUACAGGAAAGGAAGUAUUUUAUGUAAGAAUAGUGAGAUUGUCUCCAUUCGGUCCGUGGUUCCCUCAAUAGCCAUAUAUUUCUCAUACGGUUUCCGAGAAUUCUUAAAAUUUCAUAAUUACGUUUCCAUUUUCAAUUUGUUGUGAAAAAAACCAAACACAAUAAUAAAAAAGAAAAAAAAAAGAGUUGUUUGGUUAUUUCGUAGAGUGCUUGUUAGAUUUUAACACAGGGGACUUGAGAAAACUUGGAGUUAGCAAGGGGGCUUAGGAGCGAAAAGUUUGGGUACAACAGCGUAAGGUAUGUGGUUAGGGGGUGGUAAGGGAGUGGUUAGGGGGUGGUUAGGUGGUGGUUAGGCGGUGGUUAGAGGGUGGUUAGGUGGUGGCUAGGGGGUGGUUAGGGAAUGGUUAGGGGGUGGUUAGGGAAUGGUUAGGGGGUGGUUUUAAAUUAGUUUUUAAACAUUUUUUUUUAAAAACAAAAUUAAAUUUUAGUUAAAAGAAACUAGACGGUUGUUCUACUGCAGACUUAUGGAUGCUUGUUUGGGGUUUAAAGGUGAGUGUUUGUUGACAGACUCUUGAAUUUACGGUCUGCAGACUAUUGUAUGUUCCCAAAACAAAAGGAACCUUAGAAUUAAAUUUAAUUAGUUUUUAAAAAAAAAUAUUUGAGAUAAUCUUCAUUUGUGUCCAUCUCACGAUGUCCACAGGCAUGAAAGUAUCAGUGGAUUCUACAGAGUCUCUGUCUACUUCCUAGUCAAAAUUAUUUUUGAUAUAUUACCACUGAGGCUUUUUCCUUUAAUCCUCUCGUCUGCCAUAAUUUACUUUGCUGUUGGUAAGUCUAUUGUUUUAUAAGUGACUACAGAUUCAUUGUUUACUUUGCUGUUGGUAAAUCUAAUGUUUUUAUAACUGACUACAGAUUCAUAGUUACAGUGCUGUUGGUAAAUCUAAUGUUUUUAUAAGUGACUACAGAUUCAUAGUUACAGUGCUGUUGGUAAAGUCUAAUCUUUUAGAACUCAUUAAAAGUUUUGUUGCCCCCUAUUUACUGUUAUUCAAAAUAAAUUUUAAUAGGUGGAAGAUGUGAACACUAUAUUUUUGAUCAAGCCACUCUAUUGUCUGUAUGUUGAUGCUGUCAUAUAAAUUUCGUUGGAUCCUCUCUCCUUUUUAUUAAGGAUAUGCUGUAUGCAUGUAUGUGUGUGUAUCUAGGAAGGAUUGAUUUGCUAGUGAUAUUUCAUUUGGUGCCAAGUAGUGUAUUCACAAAGAACUUUAAGCAUACAGACAAAAGAAUGUCACUACUAUCCAUUUCAAAAAGAUACUUUCUUGAACCCAUGGGAGAACUCGUAAGCGCUGUCUCAUCCCACUUAUCUUUUUCUGCCCUCUGGGAUAAUAGUUUUUUAGCUAAGGCUGGGAUAAUAGUUUUUAGCUAAGGCUGGGAUAAUAGUUUUUAGCUAAGGCUGGGGAUAAUAGUUUUUAGCUAAGGCUGGGGAUAAUAGUUUUUAGCUAAGGCUGGGAUAAUAGUUUUUAGCUAAGGCUGGGAUAAUAGUUUUUAGCUAAGGCUGGGAUAAUAGUUUUUAGCUAAGGGGUAUUUUAAAAUUUAAUUCUGUUUUUUUUCCCUGUUGUGUGUUCGCUGACUAUACUCAUUUCCCUUGUUUGCUAACCUGAUGGCAGCCUCUUCCUCCCCUCAUUACCAUUUUUUUAGAACAGCUAAGGGAGGGUAACCAAAGUUUUCAUUUUCGCACUGGACACUUAACGCAAUAGGUGAUCAACUUUUCAAGUGCCCGAACUACCCAACAACAAAUGACUCUCAGUCGAUCUGAAAGCACCAAUUACAAUAAGUAGAUAUCAAAUCUGAAGUUUAUGCAAUAGAAAUAUGAUGAGACUACAAGAAAUAAACAGAGAGAUUUUUUUGUGUGUGCGUCUAGCCUAGGAUUUAAACAGGGUACAACGUCAUUGUUAUGUUUAUGUGUCUUGUAACCCAGGUCUCAAUGACGGUGCUGACCACUUCUACAAGUACACGUUUUGUCUGUUCUGCACAACGAUGACAGCUGCUGGCAUGUGUUUCCUCGUCAGCGCGUCAGUGGGCGUGUUUGCUGUUGCACAGCUGCUGUUAGCCCUGCUGUACAUGACCAUGAUGGUGAGGGCAAAUAGCUGUUUAAGAAACGGAGAAUUAUAAACGUAUAAAGUAUCCAAUGUUGUAAUUGCACUAUGAAAACAUCUGAACGAAUAGCACCAUGACCCCCAAGCCUCACCAAGCCAAUGGGAUCGGAUUUUUAGUUUUGUAGUUUUUCGUAGUCCCAUGUGAGAGCUGAGCAGUAUUUUGGCGCGCCAAAGAAACACCAGGGAGUUUGAUUACACCACGACCAGAGACUAACUCCCCAGGUCAAGAACAAUCAUGAGAAAAAAACAAUUACCACAAUCAUGAAGACUGUGAGUGAACAGGUACAAACUGAUAAGUUGAAACAUAAAUGAACACAUCUAUUUGACAUUGCAAGUUAAUCUGAGAAGAUGUAUUGUUUUAGAAUUCCUAUCUAUUUUUUUGUUCAUCAAAACAGGGACAUGUUUCUGCUCAUGUUGAUGUGUAAAUAUAAAUGAAGUCAUUUAAAUACCACCGUCAUGGACUUUUCUGGCUUGAGGUAUUAAAAAAAGUUUGAAUACUUAACUGAUUUAAUUCUUUGAGUUAGUUUUCACUAUCACAACUAGAACUGGAUGUUGGUUUUGUUAACAGUUGUUUGCAGGAUUCCUGAUCAACUUUGAUUCUAUCGGACCGUGGUUAAACUGGGCACAGUACCUCAGUUUCUACAAGUACUCUUUAACAGUAAGUACCGAUUCUUGAAUCAUAAACUAGCUACCAAGUACAAUUUUUGUUCUCGUAGCAUAUCUUCAUACAUUGAAAUGUUGACUUGGAAUGACUGCGUAGUUGUAUCAUCAAACGUGGAUUGAAAAAUUUACUUUAAAAAAAAAAAAAAUAUCUAAAUUUAUGUUUUUUAUGUCUUUUUGAAUAGCUUCACUUUUGUUUGUAGCUGGAUGGGUGGCAAAAUCUUCCCACUUCCCUUCUGCCUAUCGAGCUGAAACUUGGCACAUAGACUCAGCGUCGAUGACGACACAUUCUAUUAAUUUUCUCAGCCCCACCCCCCAAAAAAAUCAGUUUUGCCUGGCAGCAGGGAGGAAAAUUGCCGAUAGCUUCGCUAAAUGAGAUUCUUAACACAAAAAAUAUGGCAAGUAAAUUUGGUGCGUAAUAUUCUCUAUGGCUUUUCCCGAAAUAGCUGUGAAAUAAAUCUGUGAGGCUAAGACGAGUGGGCCAAUAGAAUAUUAAUGUGGUUCAGAGGCGCAAAAAAAAAAUUUAAAAAAAAAAAAAAAAAAAAUGCGUGGUUGCAAGCCCCGGGGGGGAGGGGCGGAGGGGGGGAGGGGGGAGGAGCCUCAUUUGGGAUUCUUAUGAAUCGCACUACUUGUAUGCAUGUUGCAUGUUUUGUCAAACUCUCAGCCCCAUACCCUUGCUAAUUAUGACAUUUUAUCAAAGAGUUAUACGAAAAGACUUGUUUUUAAGGAUGGUUUAAUUAAGAAUCAGUUUUGUGUGGCGUUGAUAGCUGUUUAAAAUAAAUCCUUUAAAUUCGUGGGUGGUUGGCCGGCUCGUGAAAUCUUCGAAUGGCUACUUGACCCCAUGUCCCGUCAAACUAUCGUGCUGAAACUCGGAACAUAAACUCGUGGCCCAUGACAACACCCUUUAUCUAAAUGAUCAUACCCCAGCCCUCAUUGCCCGAUAUCACAUUUUAUGAAGGAUUUAUAAAUGUUUCUAAGGGUUGUUCAAUUUAGUUUGAGGAUUCUUUGGUGUUGCUAUCGAAUUGUUCAAAUUGUUAUCACAUAUGCGAGCACCACUCAUUUCAAAUUAUUAAACAAAAAUCGUGUUUGAUCUUCAUCUACAAUUAAAUCUUUAAACGUAUGCUGGUAUAUCUGUAUCAUUUAAAUACCGUCAUGUCCCAGAUUUUGUUAAACUUAAUCUAAACAAUAAUGCUCGACUUUUGAACUUUCUCUAAGGCUUAUCCUAAACUUAAUUUACUAACUAAGCCCUAAGUUAAACAACAAGUUGACAUCCAUUUGUGAGAUUUAAAAAUAAAUUGUUUCCAUAGGCCUUGUACAUCAAUGAGUUUAAGGGAAGAUCGUUCUGUGUCAACAAGACUUACUGGUGAGUUAUUGAAAACAAGACUUACUGGUGAGUUAUUUAAAACAAGACUUACUGGUGAGUUAUUGAAAACAAGACUUACUGGUGAGUUAUUGAAAACAAGACUUUCUGGUGAGUUAUUGAAAACAAGACUUACUGGUGAGUUAUUGAAAACAAGACUUACUGGUGAGUUAUUGAAAACAAGACUUACUGGUGAGUUAUUGAAAACAAGACUUACUGGUGAGUUAUUGAAAACAAGACUUACUGGUAAGUUAUUGAAAACAAGACUUACUGGUGAGUUAUUUAAAACAAGACUUACUGGUGAGUUAUUGAAAACAAGACUUACUGGUGAGUUAUUGAAAACAAGACUUACUGGUGAGUUAUUUAAAACAAGACUUACUGGUGAGUUAUUGAAAACAAGACUUACUGGUGAGUUAUUGAAAAAAAGACUUACUGGUGAGUUAUUUAAAACAAGACUUACUGGUGAGUUAUUUAAAACAAGACUUACUGGUGAGUUAUUUAAAACAAGACUUACUGGUGAGUUAUUUAAAACAAUACUUACUGGUGAGUUAUUUAAAACAAGACUUACUGGUGAGUUAUUUAAAACAAGACUUACUGGUGAGUUAUUUAAAACAAGACAUAUUGGUUCCGCUUUACCUGACAUCCGACGAAGUCAGUUUUAUAUUCACUACGUGACAUUGCGCUUCCCAGACACAAUUAAAAAAUAAAUAAAUUGUUGCCGCAUUUGUGAGCGAAGAACAGUUUUAAAUAUUUGGUUCAAAACUCUAGAAAUUCAGGUCCUGAGAACUGAAGCUUUUAUUCUUUGAGUGUUUUAUAAAGGAAUGGGAGAGGUAAGGCCACGUAGAGUUUUGAAGAGAAAGGACAAAAUGUGAAGCAAAAAACAACAAGAAAUAGCGCCGGUUGUUUAAUGUCCUGACUAAAAUUGAACAGCACAACCAACGAUAUGAAGGAAAAUUCCCGAUAACUGCGCUGAAUGAGAGUCUUUAAAAAAAAUAUUGGUCGUGUGUUUGGUGCGUACUGUUUUAUUUUGCUCUCUUGUAAACGAAUCUUGCAUUCCUUCAUGCUUACCACAAAAGACACUUCUUCCUGAUGUCAUAGAGUCUUGCAUUCCUUCAUGCUUACCACAAAAGACACUUCUUCCUGAUGUCAUAGAGUCUUGCAUUCCUUCAUGCUUACCACAAAAGACACUUCUUCCUGAUGUCAUAGAGUCUUGCAUUCCUUCAUGCUUACCACAAAAGACACUUCUUCCUGAUGUCAUAGAGUCUUGCAUUCCUUCAUGCUUACCACAAAAGACACUUCUUCCUGAUGUCAUAGAGUCUUGCAUUCCUUCAUGCUUAACACAAAAGACACUUCUUCCUGAUGUCACUGAGUCUUGCAUUACUUCACGAUUACAAUGAAAUCGAACGAAUUUCGGCUUAGGUUUCGGCGCCGAAAGUUCCAUUUGAUUACUUUUGGCGUAGUUUCGGUUUCGGCCGAAACAGAAAAGUUAAGUUUCUAUGUAAUUUCGGUUUAGGUGGAAAAGUGAUUGAGACUUUCGGCUGUCUGGCCGAAAAUAAUUGAGGCAUUCGGUCUUCUACAAGAUUUUAGACUGUCAAACUUGUCUGUCGGCCGAAAAUCAGAUAUUUGUUAUUGAUCGAAGUCUUGCUGUCAUUGUAUAAAUGUCACAAAUCUUGUGCGAACACAGUUCACAACUGCAAGAUAACUUACUUGUCAAAUAUUUCCAAAAAUUAAAUUUCAAUACGGCAAAGGGAAAGGUAAAUAGUUUUGUGGUGACAAAACCUCUAGAGGAAAGGUGAUAUUUAUACGAUUAGUUUUGUUUUAAUUCUUUUUUAAAAAAAUGGGAAUCCCAGGCGUAUUCAAGUCAUUCAUUUCAUUUCUCAUUAUCUUGCUCAUAAAGGUUGUCUGAGUCAAGAUAAACUAUUAUUAAAAAAUAUAUUUUUUUUAAAGAAAUGGUCACAUUUCGUUUAUUAUUUUUUAAAAUUAUUCUUUUAUUCUUUUUAAUUAUGUACUAAUAUGUAUUAAUAAAAAAAUAGAAUUACUAUGAUGUUGUUGAGUCUUAUUUAUUUAAUGUUAUUUAACACACAUUUUAUAGCUUAAUUUUACUAAUAUUAUCCAAUUUUAAAUAAGUCAUUGACUGUUAUGUCAAUAAUUUUACAAUUCCUUUGAUUAUAAUUAUAAAACAAAGAAUUAUAGCGAAGGGCCUAUAAUAUAAUGAUAAAUAACACAAGACUCUAAGACUCAAACAAACCGCAAAGGCACACAUAAAGUGGGCAAAGUUUUAAAUAUUAAAUUAACCUAACAAUUAAUUGAAAUUUAUUAUUAUAUAGAUAAAACAAUACUAAUUUAAAUUUGGUCCUGAAGAGAUUUGUAGUAAUACUAAUUUAUAGCAGUAUGAGCACUUCCUUGUGUCAAUUGUUUGAGAAUCACUUAAGAAAAGACAAAUAAAAUUACCAAAAAAAAGUUUUAAAGUCAUUAUUUCGCGGUGCACAGAAUGUGUGCGAAAACGAGUUUUGAAUUAUUGAAAUCUUUCGGUUUCGCUCGAAAGUCACGUUAAACUUUUGGUUUCGGCUUGGAAUGUCAUCGAAUCUUCCAUUCCUUUAAUUUGAGAUUUAGUUUUUGUCUAAUGACUCAGCCAUACCACAGGGGAUGCUUCUAUGAUAAUGUGUUUAUUAACGUACAUCACACAAGGCACAUCUGGUAUAGCCACUAGUUGGUUAUAUGAAGACACACACUGUGUUUCUGUGUGUCUCAUUGUUUUAAUACAAGUCCCACUGUUUAGGACACAGUACUUUACCACCAAGUUGUCAAGCAAAAUAAUACAUAAAAACUAGUUUAUUUAAUAAAUAUAUGAAAAUUAUAAUUAAUCUAUACGAUAGAAUUCUCAGCCACAGAUUUUCUUGUAUGCUAAAACACAAUAUUAUUUAGAUUUAUAUAAAAAAAACUUGAAUGAUACAGUCAUCAGUUAUCCUGUGUAAGAUUCCAAACAUAUAUGACAUAUUUUAUGUGUGUGUAUGGACAUUUUGUUUGCCCUAAGUUCUAUUACCAUAUGAUUAUGUUUGCCGUAAGUUCUAUAACCAUAUAAUUAUGUUUGUCCUAAGUUCUAUUACCAUAUGAUUAUGUUUGCCCUAAGUUCUAUAACCAUAUGAUUAUGUUUGCCCUAAGUUCUAUAACCAUAUGAUUAUGUUUGCCCUAAGUUCUAUAACCAUAUGAUUAUGUUUGCCCUAAGUUCUAUAACCAUUUGAUUAUGUUUGCCCUAAGUUCUAUAACCAUAUAAUUAUGUUUGUCCUAAGUUCUAUUACCUUAUGAUUAUGUUUGUCCUAAGUUCUACAACCAUAUGAUUAUGUUUGCCCUAAGUUCUAUAACCAUAUGAUUAUGUUUGCCCUAAGUUCUAUAACCAUAUGAUUAUGUUUGCCCUAAGUUCUAUAACCAUAUGAUUAUGUUUGCCCUAAGUUCUAUUACCAUAUGAUUAUGUUUGCCCUAAGUUCUAUAACCAUAUGAUUAUGCUGGCCCUAAGUUCUAUAACCAAAUAAAUUAUGUUUCCUUCCAACAGUGAAUCAGGGGAUACAUAUCUCUCUAUGCAAGACAUGGACUACACAGAACCAUGGGACUUCUGGCAGAACUACGUCGCUAUGGCAAUUUAUACAGUUUGUCUGUUUGUCCUGACGUACAUUCAACUGAGGCGUAUGAAGAAAACAACAUAAGUCCCAUAUGUUAUAUUGCGCUAACAUAGAAUUGUUAUGUGAUGUGUAUGGAAGUCAAAAUAAAAACAAUUGUUUUUUACUGUAUUUCUCCUUUUACUUGUCAUGAGCCACCAAAACCCUGAGCUAGACGGAGACUCGAAUACAUCAGUCAGAGAGUUUUUUUUUGGUGUUAAUUAAGCACUCAGCAGCCGCUAUAUUUAGGGCAUAUGUUGGAUUCGAUACUUACAAUAACCCUUACUAUGUUUACAUGAUUCGAUACUUACAAUAACCGUACUAUGUUAACUAUGUCUGUGUAAAUACUGUAGUCCGUUCUAAAGGUGUCUCUCGAAAAUUACCAAAAGAUAAAUGUGUAUAAAAAUAAUUACUAAAAUUAAAAAAAAAAUUUUUUUCAAGGUGUACAAAGUAAAUAAAUAUGAUGUCUUGUUUAUAUUUCUAAACAAUAUGACGAUGGUGAAGACUUCGCUGGACGAAAUCCACAAGGCCUGUGGAUUAUUCUUCUAGUAUUCUAAGCUGGUUCCCAACAGCAAAUCGCCUAUCUCCACGCCGCUGGAUACAAGUAGAUGAUGCAGCUUUGGCACCCGUGGCGUCGCAGGAGUUGCUCCAAUGUUAUCCACCUACGGGACUCCAUCUCCGGGUUUUGAAUUCAGAGACUUUCCUUCUCUUAGAUGAGUUGCCAUCCAAGGUUAACGAGUCCCAUCCACCCGGGAUGGUGCUGGUGAUGUUUUUGCUUGACUGGAAUUCAACUCCAGACCAACAGCUUGCGAUUUUCUCAGUUUAAACCACCCAGCACCCCCUUCUAAUCAUUUAUUCUUUCAAGAAUAAUAUAUUUUACUGAGGACUGAAAAAAAACAACAGUAUACAAAAAAAAAAAAAAACCAACAAAAAAACAACAAAAUAUACCAAAACAAAUCAAAAUAACACUAAACAAUUAAUUUAUGUCAUAAUAAUAAUAAUAAAAACAACAUAUUUGCAAACACAAAAUUUAGAGUAAAGUGAAACUAAAAUGUUUCGUAUAAUGCAAUGAUGAUUUCUAUAGAACAAUGUGGUAAGAAGCAAGUAUCCCCAAGAUCAUAAAUAAACAGAACAUGCCUCGCGGUUUUCUCGUUAUGUCAGCACGCAUAAGCAUUCGGGGAAAAAGUAAGACUGCCUUAUAUACCCAAGAAGAAAGAAAUGCCUCUCAAGGUAAAAAUCCGGAGAUCUACAAUGUUUGUCUCGAAAUCUCUGGUGUGUCUAAAAACAAAAAUUCACACGAGAUCAACUGAAUGCUUGGGAAGGGCCAGGGAGUCACUGGUGGUGACCGUAGGGAGGGUUAAGGCAGUCACUGGUGGUGAGUGAAGGGAAGGUUAAGGCAGUCACUGGUGGUGAGCGUAGGGAGGGUUAAGGCAGUCACUGGUGGUGAGCGUAGGGAGGGUUAAGGCAGUCACUGGUGGUGAGCGUAGGGAAGGUUAAGGCAGUCACUGGUGGUGAGCGUAGGGAGGGUUAAGGCAGUCACUGGUGGUGAGCGUAGGGAGGGUUAAGGCAGUCACUGGUGGUGAGCGUAGGGAAGGUUAAGGCAGUCACUGGUGGUGAGCGUAGGGAGGGUUAAGGCAGUCACUGGUGGUGAGCGUAGGGAGGGUUAAGGCAGUCACUGGUGGUGAGCGUAGGGAAGGUUAAGGCAGUCACUGGUGGUGAGCGUAGGGAGGGUUAAGGCAGUCACUGGUGGUGAGCGUAGGGAGGGUUAAGGCAGUCACUGGUGGUGAGCGUAGGGAAGGUUAAGGCAGUCACUGGUGGUGAGCGUAGGGAGGGUUAAGGCAGUCACUGGUGGUGAGCGUAGGGAGGGUUAAGGCAGUCACUGGUGGUGAGCGUAGGGAGGGUUAAGGCAGUCACUGGUGGUGAGCGAAGGGAAGGUUAAGGCAGUCACUGGUGGUGAGCGUAGGGAGGGUUAAGGCAGUCACUGGUGGUGAGCGUAGGGAGGGUUAAGGCAGUCACUGGUGGUGAGCGUAGGGAGGGUUAAGGCAGUCACUGGUGGUGAGCGAAGGGAAGGUUAAGGCAGUCGCUGGUGGUGAGCGUAGGGAGGGUUAAGGCAGUCACUGGUGGUGAGUGAAGGGAAGGUUAAGGCAGUCGCUGGUGGUGAGCGUAGGGAGGGUUAAGGCAGUCACUGGUGGUGAGCGAAGGGAAGGUUAAGGCAGUCGCUGGUGGUGAGCGUAGGGAGGGUUAAGGCAGUCACUGGUGAUGAGCGAAGGGAAGGUUAAGGCAGUCGCUGGUGGUGAGUGAAGGGAAGGUUAAGGCAGUCACUGGUGGUGAGCAAAAUAAAUGUGUCACUAAGAUGAGUGCCGAAACAAAGGAUUGGGGGUUGGGGGGGGGGAUAUUAAGGUCAAGAAACGUGACAAAACCACUUCAAGACGUACCAAAGAACUUCAGGGUUCACUUAUUUGUUGAGGGCCGUUAAAAAUCAUUUGAACUGAAAAACAAAAGGUUCGACCAAAUUUCCGUUCGAUCAAAUUACCGUCAACGAAAUUUCUUUCGAUCAAAUUUCCGGCAAGCAUCCGUGAAAUGAUUCACAGGUUUGCAUCUCUUGAAGAACGGGACUGUAAAGUUUUGAUUGUUUCGAUUGAGUAAUUUUGAUUGAAUUUUAAACGCUGUUACCCUGAUAUUCUAUGUUUUCUUCUUAAGUCUUUUUUGCUUUCGGAUCUAUUUUAAAGACUAUUCUAUAUCCGACUCUGUAAGAUCUGGUUAAGAAUUACAAGGUGAAGGUCGGAAGGAGAAUGGAGCCUUUUCGAAAGAAAGUGGGCGGUGACACCAAGAGUUUACCGUACGGAUGACACCAACCCUAGUGACCCCUCUGACCUUACCUGACAAUCACACUUAUUACCUCUGUGCACCAUAGAAGUACUAGACAUCAACAGUACCUGUGUACACCCUAGAAGUACUAGACAUCAACAGUACCUGUGUACACCCUAGAAGUACUAGACAUCAACAGUACCUGUGUACACCCUAGAAGUACUAGACAUCAACAGUACCGGUGUACACCCUAGAAGUACUAGACAUAAACAUUACCUGUGUACACCCUAGAAGUACUAUACAUCAACAUUACCUGUGUAAACCCUAGAAGUACUAGACACCAACAUUACCUGUGUGCACCCUGGAAGUACUAGACAUCAACAUUACCUGUGUACGCCCUAGAAGUACUAGACAUCAACAUUACCUGUGUACACCCUGUUUGGAACGUACCAGAGUCGAUUUUAUAUUUCAAAUACAUGCUAAGAAAAAAGUGAAUUUGUUACUGAAUGGAAACAGAAUUUGAUCUGACCAUUUAAAAAGAAAAAGACUAGAAAACGCAAAAAAAACCACCAAAAAACACGUUGUGACAUUAGUCUCAAUCAGAAGCAACAUACUUUGAGAACCCCGUUGUGACAUUAGUCUCAAUCAGUAGCAUCAUAUUUUGAGAACCCCGUUGUGACAUUAGUCUCAAUCAGUAGCAACAUAUUUUGAGAACCCCGUUGUGACAUUAGUCUCAAUCAGAGGCAACAUAUUUUGAAAACCCGUCUUUGUGAGAAACUGACAAAGUUGGCAUCAUACCCUUUUUUUGAAGCCUGGGUAGUUUUCCAUCCACUGCCUCCCCCACUCCAUUCCCCCACCCCACCCACCUUUUUUUGGGCAACCAAACCAAGUGGAUCGAACGUGUCUCCUAGUGUCUGUUGUCUUAGAAUCGGUAGAGUCACUGUGACAGUUUGUUUUUGAUAAGCGGAACAUUUUUUGAGACGCUCCCUACACACUGUCAAAGAGAAACAUACUGGCCAGCAAGAGAAGGAGUUACAUGCUUCGCUUACACGACACUGUCAAAGAGAAACAUAUUGACCAGCAAGAGAAGUCAUUACAUGCUACGCUUACACGACACUGUCAAAGACAAGAGUUCAGUUGAAAACUAACGACAAAAUCUCAGUCUCAGGUAAGAUCUGACUUUUAGAUAUGAUGUUUUUUGUUGUUAUUGAUAAUUAUUUUCCAACGUGUAAAAAUGUUCCAUGUUCCUGAUGAUGGACGUCCAUAGAACAACGGUUGUUUUUGAGAGCUAGGAAUUGUUCUAUGUUUGCGCUGUGGAGUUCUUUAUUGGAUAAUAUUCAAGUAUAAAAUAAUCAAACGUUGUGCUGCAAUAGACCCCCCCCCCCAAUACACAACAGAUUCUGCUGUAAUAGACAGCCAACACAUACAUAAAUUAGACAUUGUGCUGCGAAAGACUCCCCCCUUUAUUGGAAAAAAAUCAAGGAUAAAAAAACCAAACGUUUUGCUGCAAUACACCCCCCCCCCCAAUACACAACAGAUUCUGCUGUAAUAGACAGCCAACACAUACAUAAAUUAGACAUUGUGCUGCGAAAGACUCCCCCCCCCCUUUUUGCACACACACCAUUUUAAAGCAAUCUCAUUAUCUUAUUUAAAAAAAUACAUUAAAAAUUUAAAAGAUGGAGAUAUAUUCUAGGUUGAUGAAUUAAUUUGUUGAACAAACCAGUUUUUGGGUAACUAUUUUUUCACUAAGUUAUACAUUAAAUCAAAAUGAAAACGUCAUAGAAUUUUUUUAAAAGGCAAGAAUCGAAUUAAAAUGAUUUUUUUUUUAUUUGCGCACUCAAACGAAACCACCAAAACAGCAUCGCCGAUGGGAGCUCUGAUAAGACGUGAACAGAGAGAGGGCGCCGUCAACAACGUGCCACCAGGCGGUGCGCUCAACCGGUACACGGGCUUUGUUACGUUGGUUGUCAGUGGGGUGAACGGCUGUUAUUAUUUAUGCGCAAUUUUCAGAGCUCCCCUGCUUUUUUUUUCUUCGGAAAAUGCGCACCCUAACGCAAAAAACAACAAAACACCAAAUAACAAUUUGCUGAAGCACAUCUGUCAUGACCAUUGUCAGCGCCUCAACGGAAUUUCACGGAAACUUUUCUUUGAAUGAUUUAUAACGGAGGAAAAAAUCGUAUGAUUGAUAAGACAAAAAUAUUUGUUUAGAGCAGGCCUGGCACAAUAUAAGGUCCGCGGGCCACAUACGGCCCGCUCCCGCCAGCACACACCUUGCGGCCCGCAAAGUAACGAAAUAUUUUUUAAUUAUUGUUAUUUUUUUAACAGUUUCCCCCCAUCUUUCGGCCCGCACACGUUUUUCAUAAAGUAUUACAUACCCGCCCUACAUUUUGAGUUGAGCAGGCCUGGUUUAGAGCACAUUGGGUGGGGGGGGGGGGGGCUGGAUAAAUUUUAUUUGUUUAAAACAUAUAUUUUUUAAAUGUCCGCUCAAUUUUAAAAAAAAAUAAUAAAAAAAUUGGAACUAAGGGAAAUAUAUGUUAAACUAAAGCGAUAGUCUCUGAGAAAGAAUUCUAUUUAUUUCAAAAGCAUUUAUAUUUAUUUUUUUUAUUUAUCUAUCUAUUUAUUUAAACGUUUGGAAAGUUUACCCAGGAAUUAAAAAAAAAAACAACAAAAAGCAAAACAAACAGCAAAACAAACAGCAAAACAAACAGCAAAACAAAUAGCAAAACAAACAGCAAAACAAACAGCAAAACAAACAGCAAAACAAACAGCAAAACAAACAGCAAAACAAACAGCAAAACAAACAGCAAAACAAACAGCAAAACAAACAGCAAAACAAACAGCAAAACAAACAGCAAAACAAACAGCAAAACAAACAGCAAAACAAACAGCAAAACAAACAGCAAAACAAACAGCAAAACAAACAGCAAAACAAACAGCAAAACAAACAGCAAAACAAACAGCAAAACAAACAGCAAAACAAACAGCAAAACAAACAGCAAAACAAACAGCAAAACAAACAGCAAAACAAACAGCAAAACAAACAGCAAAACAAACAGCAAAACAAACAGCAAAACAAACAGCAAAACAAACAGCAAAACAAACAGCAAAACAAACAGCAAAACAAACAGCAAAACAAACAGCAAAACAAACAGCAAAACAAACAGCAAAACAAACAGCAAAACAAACAGCAAAACAAACAGCAAAACAAACAGCAAAACAAACAGCAAAACAAACAGCAAAACAAACAGCAAAACAAACAGCAAAACAAACAGCAAAACAAACAGCAAAACAAACAGCAAAACAAACAGCAAAACAAACAGCAAAACAAACAGUUAAACAAACAGCAAAACAAACAUCAAUGUGUUUUGUUUAAUUCACUAGUUGAUCAACAUUUUCUUUACACCUCACGCUUCACGGGUCAUCACUGGUACUGAGCGAUGGCUCAACUGUACCAUCGUGUGAAACAGUUCAUUGACAAACACACUUUUUAUGUGCCCACGUGACCCGUGAAUUAAUGGCGCGUGACCCGGAUUAAUCGGGAAUGUGACCCGGGUAAUGGCGCGUGACUGGAGUUGUUGUUUUUUGCAGAAAAGUGCACCUCAAAUGGUGGUGUUGUUUUCAUUAGUGUGCCGCGAUCGAAUGUUGAACGUGUUUGUGUUUUUUUACCCAUAGAUGCGAAUGGGGCUGACUGCUGUAGAUUCGAAUGUGGCUGAUGGCUGUAGAUCUGAAUGUGGCUGACUGUUGUAGAUGUGAAUGUGGCUGACUGCUGUAGAUGUGAAUGUGGCUGACUGAUGUAGAUGUGAAUGUGGCUGACUGCUGUAGAUGUGAAUGUGGCUGACUGCUGUAGAUCUGAAUGUGGCUGACUGUUGUAGAUGUGAAUGUGGCUGACUGCUGUAGAUGUGAAUGUGGCUGACUGCUGUAGAUGUGAAUGUGGCUCACUGCUGUAGAUCUGAAUGUGGCUGACUGUUGUAGAUGUGAAUGUGGCUGACUGCUGUAGAUGUGAAUGUGGCUGACUGCUGUAGAAUUGUGAGCGCCGUGCUUAGAAAGGAAUUAUAAAUGACUUAAAAAACAACAACCAAAAGACAAGGAAAUAGAUAUGUUUCCAUUAGAGAUCAACAUAAGCAUUUGUUCAAAUAUACAAAACUGAAUCCCUCAUUCACUAUUUAAGCUCCCGAGUCAGGACAAAGAAUGAGAAUGAGGGAUUAUGCAAGUGCCUCCUAUCUGUACAAUAGCAAUGUGAAAAAUAAAUAGGGACACUAUAAAAGCACCAGAUCCGAAGGUGUUUCAGACCAGGUUACUGGACUUAAGACAGAUGGAGACCAAACUCAAGGGCAGAUCUCCGGUACCGUUGCAAGGUCCAAAACUCUAUUAAAAUUUAACAGCUUGCUCCCUCCCCCCCUCCCCUUGGUUAAAUGCUCACUCUUCAAAUACAAAUUGAGACUAAGUCAAUAAGUUCCAUAUAACAGUUGAUAUUUUUUCUCUUCAGAAAAUCUUUUCAAAGUCUUGUGUUAAAUUUUUCUAGUUUAAAAAUGGUUGUCUUAUGAGAAUUGUGCUGCAUGAGCUGAAAAUCAAUUUGUAUGUACAUUUUAAUUAAAAUAAAACCAUUUCUAUAUAUUGGGACCAAUACAAAAGUUUCUCAUCUAUCUUAUCUCGUUUUGUCUAAUCUUAUCUUAUAAUACAUUGCUUUAACCUACCUAUAGUGGUUUGAUAUUGCCCUACAAACUGAUCAAGCGCUCUGGUAGAGUUGCGACGGUAGAUUUAUUUAUUUAUUUAGGCAUUUUUAUAUAGCGCUUACCUUAAAGCUCUAAGCGCUUUACAAUUAUUAAAAACAUGUAAACUAACUAAAAUAAAAAUGAGACAUUAGGAUAGUAACUAAUAUACUAUAGAAACAAUUAAAAUGGCUAUAAAACGAGGACACUUUGGCACGUUUUGGCCUAUACUACAGGAUUAACCCGAGACAGAAAAUGAGGCAGGGCAAGGAGGGUGCAUCACAGGUCAUAGGCGGAUCUAAACAGGUGGGUUUGAAGGGACUUUUUGAAAGUGGACGAGGUUUCACAAUGACAAGGGGGACAGAUUUAAUUACAUUUCUAGCAUACUGUGUGGUACUAUUGUCUGUGUGACACCUUGUGAUAGUUAAUUAAUUGGACGUCACAUCUUUAAUUGUCAACUUGACGUUGAAACUUAUGUUAAAUUGUAUUUUUACCAGUUCAUUUUUUUUUAAAAAGGUAAAAUUGUUGUGUUUGACAAAGUGACGACAUCCCUGGGUGCGUGCUACACAACUACACACUACACACGAGCAUCGUUUCCCGCGGGUUGAGUCAAGCUUCUGAUCCCGUGAGUAAUGUGUGGCUGCAAUGAGCCACGCUGCAAUGAGCCACGCUGCAAUGAGCCACGCUGCAGCCUCGAGUGGAGUUAGAGACGUCUACAUCUACAGUCUUGAGGUACUAAUGAGUUGACAGUUUUAUCAAGUAAUGUAAAGAUGACCUCUUGUUGCUUUUAUGUCUAUCUCAAAUUAAUUUGUAAGAUGAUUAGUGAAUUAUAUCAGUAAUUUGAUUUUCCCAUCUGGUCCGGUUGUAUCAAUAAUUUGAUCAACCCAUGUGAACGGGUUGUAUCAGUAAUUUGAUUUACCCAUCUGGUCGGGUUGUAUCAGUAAUUUUAUCAACCCCUGUGGACGGGUUGUAUCAGUAAUUAAAUCAGCUCACCUGGUCCGGUUGUAUCAGUAAUUAGAUCAACCCAUCUGGUCGGGUUGCAUCAGUAAUUUGAUUUACCCAUCUGGUCGGGUUGUAUCAGUAAUUAGAUCAACCCCUCCGGUCGGGUUGUAUCAGUAAUUAGAUCAACCCCUCCGGUCGGGUUGUAUCAGUAAUGAGAUCAACCCAUCUGGUCGGGUUGUAUCAGUAAUGAGAUCAACCCAUGAGGUCGGGUUGUAUCAGUAAUGUGAUCAACCCAUCUGGACGGUAGGUUUUCUUGUAAUAAUAGACUUUUCAGUGGGUCAAAAUAAUGGUUUCAAACCAUUUUAAAAUGUUUUAUUCUGAUUUCUUUUCUAAUUAUUCAGUCAGUGUUACAGUUUUAAUUAUAAAUACUUUAUACAACAGCCGCAUGCAUCGUUAGGAAUAAUAAAAAUAAUUUCUUUUGGUUGUUACAUUUAAGGUUCGGCGAUGUCUGACAAGGUUCAGCCCCCUGUGGCCAUGAUCAGCUACUUGACGACCAUGACCACCAUUGAUAUGGAGACACCAUGUGCGAAUGGAAUGACGCGAAAUGGACACGCUGAUCAAGUCCCCGCGGGGUCAGUCCUCUCUGCACACAACAUCAACUACACGGUGAAGGUGUCCACAAAGUGCUGCUGGGGAAUAACUGAUCAACAGAUAUUGUUUAAUGUCUCGUACGUAGAACAAAAAAAUGAUAGCAAAUAAUGUUACGCUAUAUCUAUAUCCUGCAACAGGCAGUACAGUCGAAAACACUUAUCUCGACCUCGGUUAACUCGCCAACCCUGUUAUGUCGACGUUUUUGAAGGGGAACCGCCAAAUACUCUCUUUGCCUUAGCAUGUUUUCCUCGGUUAUGUCGAUUCUUUUAUGUCCGCAGAACCCUGAUAUCUCGAGCACAGAAGGCUGCCAAAUUUUGCUACUUGGUUUUACCUCGGUUAUCUCGAUCCCCAUUGCCAAUCGCCGCCUUUUCCCUUCUACGCUAAACACAUAACAAACUAUGAAUUAGAACAUAAUAAUUGGAACCUAUUUUAAGAAAAAAAAAAUCUAAAUGAGGUAUCUGUUUCCUACAGGGGCAUCUUCAAAAAAGGCAUGACUGCUAUUUUGGGACCAACGGGCUCAGGAAAAUCAUCGUAAGUCACUCGAUAUCAUUUUAUUAUUUGAAUGAAGAAAUUUGUUGUGUUUUUUUUCUCCUUCUAAGUUUUAGUUUAAAUUCAUAUUCUUCAAGGCGCUUCAUUGCAAACUGCAUAAGUCCCACCUUCAAAGCUGUCACAUGGCCAACUGCAUAAGUCCCACCUCCAAGGCCCUCACAUGGCAAACUGCAUAAGUCCCACCUUCAAGGCUCUCACAUGGCCAACUGCAUUAGUCCCACCUUCAAGGCUCUAACAGGGCCAACUGCAUUAGUCCCACCUUCAAGGCUCUCACAUUGCAAACUGCAUUAGUCCCACCUUCAAGGCUCUCAAACUGCAAUAGCCCCAAAUUUCAUACUUUUCCAGCUUUCUUGACGUGUUAGCGGGCCGGAAAGAUCCAGAUGGUGUAUCUGGGCUUAUUCUCUUGGAUGGCAAACCUGUGCCAAAAAACUUCAAGUGCAUGGUGGGAUAUGUUGUGCAGGUAUUGUCGUGUUUGACAUCAUUAGAAUGUGCCCUUUCAGUUGUUGGUUAUUUCAACACAAGGAUUGGACUUCAAAGGGUUAAUAACGUUAACGUAAGAAUGUGGUUGGGGGGGGGCGGCGGGGUCUGCGUUUUGGUUUCGUAACAAAAAGUUUUAGAGAGUAGUCAAAACUCUGAAAAUAGGACGCGUUUUUAGGACAUGUUUUUAGGACAUGUUUUUAGGACAUGUUUUAGGACAUGUUUUUAGGACAUGUUUUUAGGACAUGUUUUUAGGACAUGUUUUAAGGACAUGUUUUUAGGACAUGUUUUAAGGACAUGUUUUUAGGACAUGUUUUUAGGACAUGUUUUUAGGAUACAUUUCUUUCCAGGGUUCCCCUAUUUCGUACUACUUAUUUCCUUUGUAAAUUACUACCUGGGGUUGUUAAGGUGAACGGUUGUAGAUAAAAAUAACUAAUUAAAAUUAACAUCGAGUUAAUAGACAUCAUUAAUGUCAACUGUUCUCAAGAACUAUUCUCUUCCUUUCUUAAAAAACAAAAAAAAAAAAAAAACUAUUUUAUGUUUGUACAGGAAUAUGUGGUGAUGGGAACCCUGUCUGUCCGAGAUAAAAUAACUAAUUAAAAUUAACAUCGAGUUAAUAGACAUCAUUAAUGUCAACUGUUCUCAAGAACUAUUCUCUUCCUUUCUAAAAAAACAAAAAAAAAAAAAAAACUAUUUUAUGUUUGUACAGGAAUAUGUGGUGAUGGGAACCCUGUCUGUCCGAGAGAACUUGGCCUUCUCUGCUGCCCUGAGACUGCCCACGUCGGUCAAGGCCGGGGAGAGAAAGGAGAGGAUCGACCAGGUCAUCAAAGAACUUGGCCUGGAGAGGUGUGCUGACACCAAGGUAAGAAGAAAUGCUGAGGCAUGCAGGCUGGCCAGGAAAGGCAACAUUAGAGCACCGGCUACAGGAAAUGUCCCCUCCCCGUGGUGCCAGAGACUGUUCCGAGAACGGAUCGGACUGGCAAGCCACCUACGAAUUCAUCGUGACCCCCACCCCACCCCACUUUGCCCAACCGGAUGAAUAGAUGGUCCUUGACGAUCCUGGCGGACGAACGAGCAAGAAUGAAUGUAGUGUUACUACACUAAAGGGUUAACGGAAAUUUGUUUUAAAAAAUUCGUUCGACAGAAAAUUGAUCGACAGAGGUUUGGUCGAAAUGAAAUUUGUUCGAAUGUUUAAAAAAAAAAUAAUAAAUGGUGUCAAAUUUAAGAAGUGCCGUUGAGAAAUGUGGAAAGGGAAAUCUGUUCGAAUUGUGUACGAACAAAAUUUUGAACGGAAGUGUUUGAGAAUGGACGAGUCUAAGAACGGAAAUGUGUAAGAAUGAAAGUGUGUAAGAACGAAAGUGUUUAAGAACAGAAGUGUGUAAGAAUGAAAGUGUGUAAGAACGGAAGUGUUUAAGAACGGAAGUGUGUAAGAACUGAAGUGUUUAAGAACGGAAGUGUGUAAGAACGGAAGUGUGUAAGAACGUUAGUAGUACGGAAGUGUUUAAGAACGGAAUUUUGUUCAAACUGAAAAAUAAAAACCAAUUAUUAUUUAAUUAUUGAGAAUUUAUUUUUUAAGAAAGUAAAAAUAUAAAUAACACUAAACAACCUGAAAAGUUUUAACAAUGUUUACUUUCAAUUAAUAUUUGAUAUCGUUUUUUAUUAAAAUUUCUAUCGGAUAACCUCAUUUGAAUUUUUGACUCGAGCCAGCACUUAUCUCUAGCAACAGAAGUCAACAGUACAAUUUUUUCCGCAAAUUACCGGUAUCAACCCGAUGAGUAUCCUUAAUUGAUAAAUGCUUACAUCUUCUAUUUAUGUUAUGCUAUGUAAUGUUUUCAUCUUAUAUUUAUUUUAUGUUCUCCAAUGCCCAGGUUGGCAACGAAUUCCUAAGAGGAGUGUCAGGGGGAGAGAAAAAAAGAAUCAACAUAGGCAUGGAGCUCAUCAUCUCCCCUGCAGUGCUAUUUUUAGAUGAGCCCACAACAGGACUUGAUGCCAACACAGCGAACACAGUCAUGAAGCUUUUGAAAAGGUUUGCAAGUGUGUCAGAUCAGUGGUCCUCAAAUUAAAAUAAGCAUAUAAAUAAAGCCGUGGCAGAAGGUGCAUGUUAGGGCGAAAAAAAAAUAAAUCUUAAUGCAUUGACAUAUUAUAAAAUGAAUUAUUUAACUUUAAAUACGUAGGCACAGUCCACAUCACAUAUUGAAAACAUUUUUCGGUGAAAGACAACAUACUAAAAUAGUUUGGAGACCACUGUUUCAGAUCAUAGUUUUACACAAGUUGUAGGUGUAAGAUGCCACAAUAAAAUAGUUUGGUGACCACUGUUCCAGAUAAAGGAUAAAGCAAAUGCCGAUGUCUCUGGAUUUUGAAGCAAACUAUAUAAUAAUAUUGCACCAUUUCAUUUUUUAAAAUAGUUCCGUUCAGGGCUACAUGUUAACAUUUGAUAAUGUUAAAGUCUCAGACGGAACAAUAUUUAGUUUGUUUUGAUUGAAAACCGUAUCGAGGACUCUAAGUAUCAUUGUCUCGGGGUACAUUUCUAUGCUCCCAAUUUUCUGUAUUACUUAUUCACCAGUUAUUCUUUAACUGUGACUUUCUUUCAGACUGUCUCGCAGAGGAAGGACCAUCAUUUUCUCCAUCCACCAACCCCGUUAUUCCAUCUAUCGUCUGUUUGAUAGUUUGAUGCUCUUAUCUCAAGGUCACACCGUGUAUCACGGACCGUCGGAGGAAGCUUUGGCGUUCUUCUCUUCACAAGGUCAGUGUUGUCUUAGAAUCAUAUUUAUACCAAAGAAGUAAGAAAAUAAGAAAGGCAAGGGUUGGGCCUCAGAAGGCAAGGGUUGGGCCUCAGAAAGCAAGGGUUGGGCCUCAGAAGGCAAGGGUUGGGCCUCAGAAGGCAAAGGUUGGGCCUCAGUGAAAUCUUGAUACAAAAAAAUGCUCAAACGAUGCGUCAGCUUACUUUGUCUGUUUAACAAUCAAUGAUCUUCUCUACAAUGUGAUGGCUCUUAUAAUGUCAUUUGCAAUGUCUCUUGUGAUGUCUCUUGUAAUGUCUCUUGCAAUGUCUCUUGUAAUGUCUCUUGCAAUGUCUCUUGCAAUGUCUCUUGUAAUGUCUCUUGUAAAGUCUCUUGCAAUGUCUCUUGUAAUGUCUCUUGUAAUGUCUCUUGUAAUUUUUCUUGUAAAGUCUCUUGUAAUGUCUCUUGAAAUGUCUCUUGAAAUGUCUCUUGUAAUGUCUCUUGUAAUGUCUCUUGUAAUGUCUCUUAUCUUAGGCUACAUCUGCCAGGAGCACAACAACCCACCUGAUUUCUUUUUGGAUCUCAUAAACGGAGACCCAACGACAUUCGCCCCUAACGGUCUGAGUGCUGACAAAGAAAUAGAAUGUGACUUGGACAGUAAGUCGAUUGCUAUUUCUACUACAUGAAAUAUUGAUAAAUUGUAAUUGCUGUUUAUCGUUGCUCAUUGGGCAAUUAAUCAACCAAAAAACUGAACUACACAUUAUGCGAAACCUCAGCUCACAGUUGUGAGUAGAGAGUAGUGAGUAGAGAGUAGGGAGUAGAUUACCUUUUAAAAUGCCAGAAACGUUUUUGUAAUAUGAACAUUGAACACAAGUUGACAAUUUGCACUGACUUGACCAGUAGAGUUAGCCGUAGCCAGUAGAGUUAGCCGUAGCCAGUAGAGUUAGCCGUAGCCAGUAGAGUUAGCCGUAGCCAGUAGAGUUAGCCGUAGCCAGUAGAGUUAGCCGUAGCCAGUAGAGUUAGCCGUGGCCAGUAGAGUUAGCCGUGGCCAGUAGAGUUAGCCGUGGCCAGUAGAGUUAGCCGUGGCCAGUAGAGUUAGCCGUAGCCAGUACAGUUAGCCGUAGCCAGUAGAGUUAGCCGUAGCCAGUACAGUUAGCCGUAGCCAGUAGAGUUAGCCGUAGCCAGUAGAGUUAGCCGUAGCCAGUAGAGUUAGCCGUAGCCAGUAGAGUGCACGACUGCCAAAGAAAUGUAUCAAAUUAGAAAAGAUCGAGUAAAUUUAAUAUCCAGGCAGAGAUAACUUAGAAACACAACGUUAAGAACGAUAACUCACCCAAAAAUAGCAUUCCAAAGAACGCCUCGCAGACAGAGAGUUCUCUCCCCGUAACCACAAAUGAUGGGUUAUUUUUGGACAGCCAUCGCACCAAAACGAUUUUAAUUUUUUUUAAAAUUUAAUUGUCUUGUAUUUUAAUUGUCUUAGUUAUACAUUUACAUUUUUUUAAAAAGUAUUUUGUAUUUUAAUUUGAAAACAACUGUCACCUUAUUUUUAAUUUUUAUUUCUAGAUGUCAGUUACCGUUGGUUCACUCUGUGAGUUUUCACUUAUGCAAGAGUAGAAAAUAAUUUUUGAAAAAUCUUGGGGCGGGAUUUAUUGAUUAAUAUUUGGUGCUUAAGGUUUAGAAUUUUUGUUUAGAAUUGGGGGGGGGGGCCUACCUUUCUGAUUUUUAAAUAAAAUUUGUCACAUAUCUCCAGUGUGCAAGGUGACCAGUAGUUAUGGUGUUAUUGUGCAUGCAUAUCACGUUAAAGUGUAACCAUCUCACUCAAAUAUUUUAAACAGUUCAAUUCAAUUCAGUUCGUAACUUGAUGAAAACAUAUUUAGUAGAAACAGAAAUCUUUUAUUUCUAAUUGUGUAACAGCUCCUCAAAGUCAACAUGAAAAGUUGGUGGAAGGAUUCAAAACUUCAGCUUGGAACAAAAGGUGAGAUCUACUCGUACUUUCUAUUUAUUUUUAAACUAGCUUCCCAGUAAAAUAUAUUUGUUUUCAUUAUAUAUUAUUAUAAACUGAAAACCAGAGGCUCUCAAAACAUUUUUGAGACACAGGACAUGCUGCAUCCAGGUUUUCUCUAGACGCCCUACGUGAACUGUGAGCCGUUAAUUUUUUAAUGCUUUUAUUUCCCACUUCAUUACGUCUUUGUGUUGUUGUUUGUCAUUCGCAUUCGAAGAGGGCAAAGGUUAUAUUCAACAGUGUGUACACAGUUGGCUUGUGAAGAUGGCCAUUGCUGUAUUCAACAGUGAGUUUGCAGGUGGCCUCACACACUUUUUCUGUGCCUGGAAAGAUUGCCCGUAUGUAGAACAUACGUGUCCUGGGGGUCAUAGAGGCGAUCCUAGGUUCCUUUGCUGUCAGCUUUCUUUGGCCGUGAGUCGUAAGUGUGUAGUGUGCAACAGUGCCUUUUCCUGGCCAGCUUGUUUUCUGACAGUGAGUCUGCCUCGUCGCCUUGUGCCAUUCAAAACAUGUCUCCUGUGUCACGGUCAGAUCGCGUGAGGUUUUCUGGGUCUGCUUUUAUGAUGUUCACUGGCCAAGCGUUGGUGUUUUUUUUUCCCCGUGUGCCCCCACGAGUUUUGUCUCGGUCAUGUAUGACCGUUGUGGUGUGUCGGGAGGAACCACGUGACGAUGGGAGUGUGUGCAAAAGGAGGCUAGUUUUUUAGAGUGAACAGUGGCGAGUGCUGUGGAUAAGGUGUAUGAUUUUCGUUGUGGGGAGAGUGGCAUUUUCUAUGGAUGGGAGAGGAUUUUAGAUUUUUAAAAAUUAAUUGUUUUUUUUGUGUGCAUGUUUUUUGUCGUUAAGACUUCAAGAAGAAGCAGACGACAUAAUGAGGACAUUUGAAGCUUAUGGAGGCCUGAAGGGGAAACAACAUAAAGCUGUUGAUUAUAUUACAUCAUUUGGACACCAAGUGAGCACAGCAGAUUUUAUUUCGUUAUUUGAUAUCUCUCUAAUGGUUGGAUUUUGAUUUGUAUUUCUGAGGUAUGGAUGUAAAUGUACCCAAUGUCUGUCAAAGCUCUUGAACAAUAGUUUCUCAUCAGGUAGAGAAUAUCCAUAUUUUUUAAAGACAAUACAAGACCUCUAUUUUACGACUGUAAUAUCACUGGAUUUAAAGAUAUGUUCAGCCACAUAAAAAUAAAUACUCUAUUCCCUCCCCUUGAAAUGUGUUUACAGAAAGAGGUUAAUUGUUUAUCUCAAGUUAUCUCCUUUAUUCUUAUGUGUAUUUUGGACAGCCUUGAACAAGAUGAAAGAACCAAAUAGUUUUUGAUUUAAUUAACAUUAAUAAAAUUAUCUACAGUUUUGAAUAACAUUAAUAAAAUCAUCUACAGUUUUGAAUAACAUUAAUAAAAUCAUCUACGAAAUGGUAGCCCCCGAAAUGAGCAACCACACAUUUUUUUUUUUACACGCCCCUGAAAUUUAUUAAAAAAUUGAGACCCCCAGCUAGAGACCGACCGAAAGUGAUUUUCUGAUUUCGGCCGAAGCCGGAACUAGGUUGAAAGUUAAAAAUGACUUUCGGCCGAAACCGAUACCAAAAGCUUAAAGUGACUUUCGGCCGAAAACGAAGCCGAAACCAAAAGCUUAAAGUAACUUUCGGCCGAAACCGAAGCCGAAACCAAAAUAUUUAUAUAUUUUGAAAUUCAUUCAUGCAGACAUUCUACGAACAUCGAUGGGGUAAAGUAUCAAUAUUUACAUAUUUUUUUAUAAAAGAACUGAGAUCAUCGUGAAUAUUUAAAAAAAAUCUAAUGAAUACUUUGGCUGUUACCAUUUUAAUUUUUUUUAAAAUGAAUUACUUUAAAAUGUUUUUGUAAGUAGUACGUUAAGAGAAAAUUCUGACUGGAGGUGGGGGGAGCGUGGCAAAAUUAAUGAAAAAUUGACCCUUGAGUGCCCUUUGCUUUUAUACUAUAAUUACAACCUAGAACAUAUACCUGAUACUACCUACAGUAAUUAUUUUGGCUCUGAUAUAGUCAAUAGUCACUUAAAUAUCAUUUAUUAAGGCAAUAAAAUUAUCAUUACAAUGUUUCGCGGUUAAAAUUCCCACUUUCCCAAUUUUAACCCACGCUAUAUAUCAGCACAUUCCAAAAUUAACAUUAUAAACGCGAAUCAAAAUUGCACAAUUUAAAAACUUUUAAAGAGGAAUAACUCUCGUCAACACUUUUUACUUUUCUCAGAUAGGAAUCGAAAAAUAAUCAGGUAAGAAUUUAUGUUGGCUGCGACUCUUCAGACCCGUGUUUCAAGAGUGAGAGGUUGGGUUUAUGUUUAAAAAAAAUAUUUAAAGUAUUAUUGUAGGGUUUGUAAGAAAAAAAAAAUGGUAUCAAAUGGAAGAUAAUUGAAGGGGCUAUAUGUUUGCAAACUCACUUCAUCAGUAUAACUAAAAUAAAACUACCACAAAUGAUAUCCAAAUAGCAUUUUGUCUAAAGGGACCCGGGUACGCAUAGCCGCUAUUCGAGAGAAUGAAACUGUUGGGUCAGUAAACAAUGGACAUUGUUUAAGUGUUUUAGAGAUGUUGGAGGAAUUUGACCCUUUUUUUGGAAGAGCAUCUCAAAGUGUUUGGAAGUGCUGGAAAGGUGAACGCGUCAUAUCUGUCGACAAAUAUUUGUGAGGAAUUUAUUGAUCCAAUGGGUCAACAUGACCUUAGUGCGAUUUUGAAAGAAAUUAAAGAGUCAAAGUAUUAUUCAAUAAGUGUGGAUUCCACCUUCAGACAUUUCACACAUCGAUCAACUGAUAUUUAUGGUCCGGCACAUUCUAGGAUGUAAGUCUGUGGUCCGGCACUUUCGGGACUGUAAGUCAGUGGUCCGGCACAUUCGAUGAUGUAAGUCUGUGGUCAGGAACAUUCGAGAAUGUAAGUCUGUGGUCCGGCACAUUCGAGGAUGUAAUUCUGUGGUCCGGCACUUUCGGGACUGUAAGUCAGUGGUCCGGCACAUUCGAGGAUGUAAGUCUGUGGUCCGGAACAUUCGAGAAUUUAAGUCAGUGGUCCGGCACAUUCGAGGAUGUAAGUCUGUGGUCCGGCACUUUCGGGACUGUAAGUCAGUGGUCCGGCACAUUCGAGGAUGUACGUCUGUGGUCCGGAACAUUCGAGGAUUUAAGUCUGUGGACCAUUUCAUCGAGUUCAUUCCCCUAAUUGCCCAUAGAGCAAAGAAUCUAGCAGAAACUGUUGUGUAUCAAAGGAUCUAGCUGAAACUGUUGUGUAUCAAAAUGAUCUAGCAGAAACUGUUGUGUAUCAAAGGAUCUAGAAGACACUGUUGUGUAUCAAAGGAUCUAACAGAAACUGUUGUGUAUCAAAGGAUCUAGCAGAAACUGUUGUGUAUCAAAGGAUCUAGCUGAAACUGUUGUGUAUCAAAGGAUCUAGAAGACACUGUUGUGUAUCAAAGGAUCUAGCAGAAACUGUUGUGUAUCAAAGGAUCUAGCAGAAACUGUUGUGUAUCAAAGGAUCUAGCAGAAACUGUUGUGUAUCAAAGGAUCUAGCAGAAACUGUUGUGUAUCAAUGGAUCUAGCAGACACUGUUUAAGAUUUCCUGAAUGAGAACAAAAUUUCGCUAUCAAACUGCCGUCGUCACUGGUAUGACAAUGCUUCAAAUAUGUCUUGACGCUACACUGGAUUGCAAGCACGGAUGUGUCAGCAGGACGAGUUUGCCGUGUAUGUCCCUUGUGCUGGACACAGUCUGAACUUAGUGGGCUUAAAAGCAGCAGAUUGUUGUCUACAAGUUGGAAAACUGACUUUGUUCAGCGCCUAUAUACCUUUUUCUCAGAUUCUACACUUCGAUGGAAUAUAAGACGAUUUAUUUUAUUUUAUCAUAUAUAAAUUUAUUCAAAAUUCGUAAAAUAAUAGAAAAUUCAAAUCAAUGUUCGUUAAGCCCCAGAACGUGUUUAAAUCGUUUCGUCUUCUAAGCCUAGCUCAUUCUUAUAAAUAUAUUCGUAUAUAUAAAUAUAAAUAUAUAUAUAUAUAUAUAUAUCUAUUGAAUAAGAGAUUACUAGUUCAGUAACGAUUGUUCAUAGUACAUAGUUUAUUAUUUGUGCGCAUGUAGGUUGCAUAAUUAAGACAUUUGCGCAGUAGGAGACUAAAAUAUUUAAUACAAUGAAGUGAAAUUAACAAUCUAUUGAUUCACAUUUAUGUGAAAUAACUUUUGAGGGUGAGGUUAAUAUUUCCAUCUAAAUAAAUAAGGUCUACUAGUUGUAUCCCGCCAAACAUUGGCGGCAGCAAAUGCGUGAACUUCCCAUCUACUAAAGUUACUUGACAAGAACGUGAACUCAAGUUACGCAAAUUUAAGAAUGCCAAUUUUGCUACAUCCCCCCCACCCUCCCUUUUUUUCAUGAUACGUCACGGCACACUUUUUAUUUCACGCCGAUCCGUGGCUUCGCAUACGCCGCGAGCUUGGCUGGCAAGCGAGGGUGGUGCAAGAGGGGGGGGGCGGUUGCUCCACUGCAGUGCGCAUGUCUCGAGACCAACGAUUGGCAGUUAAGUGAGGGUAGGGUUUGCCUGCGUGUUGCUUGCUCUGGCAUAUCUAUAUAUAGCCUGCGUGGUUGUCUUGGUCUUGUUGUGCCCUAUUUUCUGGCGAAUUAUAUAUAUAGAUUUUGACUGAGCAAUGAUAAAACUAGGAUACCCUUUUAUGUUUCAGGUCGUGGUUGUGGCCAAAAGAACUAUGCUCAAUAUGAUCAGAAAUCCACAAACAAGUAUACUUAAUGUACGAAAUGAUAUUGAAUAUAUAUAAACACAUGUUUAUGCUGCAUUUUCUAUAAUGGCUGUGUUAAAGCUUAACUUUUUUAUUUGUGCUAAUAUAGUUGUUUAGAUAUAAUUGUUUUAUUAUAUAUAUAUAUAUAUAUAUAUAUAUAUAUAUAUAUAUAUAUAUAUAUAUAUCUUUUAUUGUCCACAUUAGUUUGAGUGCUUACAGUAAAAUAGAUUUAAUAUAAGAUACCCAUUCUCUAGCUCUAAUCUUCUCCAGGUUGCCACUGCCUUAGUCUUUGCCAUCCUUAUCAGUGCCAUCUACUGGCAACUUGGGGAGGAUCCAAGCCACGCCUUUAAAGACAGGUCAGCCAGACAGAAGUUAAUUCAGAGUUUAACACUUUGAUUAUAUUAUGAUAACAAAGAUGCAGGCUUACUUUAUUUUUUAUCGAAGGUCUCAUGAAAAUCUGUAAGAUGCCUAACAAACCUCUAUAAGAUGUCUAACAAACAUCUAUAAGAUGACUAACAAAUAUCUAUAAGAUGUCUAGCAAUAAACAAAAUCUAAUAUAAAGCUCGGUGUGACAUUGUUUGUGAAUGGAUCGAUUCAUCAAAAGAACACCAAACAAUGGAUCACAGCCAAAUUUGACAUGGCCAUUCCUCCUGACCCUAUGGAAGAGGAAGAAAAAGAUGGGAGGAUAACAUCAAAGAGUGGACGGGACUAAAACUGGGUGAUGCUGUGGGUUGUGCAGAAGACAGAGACGAAUGGAGGAGGAUAGUUCACAUGUCCUCUGUGGCGCCCCAACGGUCCAAGGACUAAGGGACAUGAUGAUGGAUGGCUCCUGGAAUGUUUGGUCAUAAUCAACUUAUCUGUAACUACAAAAUCGUGAAUUUAGAGGGUAUAGCGUAAAACAUAUUAUUUUUACAUUGCUUCCAUGAACACUGAGGUUAAGCCAUGUUUGUUGUACACAUUUGAACAAGCUUUAUUCAGAUCGGUGCACUUUCAAACAUCUAUUUAAUGAAGGUUUUCUAUGGGCUUUUGCUUGGUGCACACAUUUGAAAUAAAGUUUUGUUCAAUGUACUUUAAAAAAACUAAGUGGCUAUUCGUACCCGGGCACCAGAAGUGAAAGGUUGGAAUUAAAAAAAAACUAUUAAAAAUAUUAUUGUUGGGUUCGUUAGAAAAAAAACGAGGUAUCAAAUGAAAGAUAAUUGAAGGGACUAUAUGUUUGUAAACUUACUGCUUCAGUUUAAAUAAAAUAAACUACCACAAAUGACAUCCGAAUAGCACUGAGUCAAAAUUGACCCAGCCACGCAGCGCCGCCCUUCGCCCCCGGGUACCAUUAGACUCAAUGCUAUUUGGAUGUCAUUUGUGGUAGUUUAUUUGUCAUGCCUCUAAACUAAAAUGUCUUUUCUCUAAGAAUUGUGAAAACUUAAUUUUAAAUUUACAACAAAAACUCUAUGGACCAGUUUAACCUAAUUUUUUAGUAAAGGAAUUUGAUAUACGGAUAUCUUCCUUAAAAAUCUUAACCAAAGUUUUGCCUUUGUUUUCUACUAUAUUUUCGUAAAAUCGUAAAAAUAAAGAAUUAUUUUACGUAAAUAAGAAUCUCUUAACCAUUUUUACGUGUCUAACAGCUUUGAGUGUGUCUUUUAUUAAAGAAAUGUUAUUAAUCUCAUACAUCCACUUUACUUUUCAAAAGUAAAAAUAUAUUUUCAAUGUUUGAAAGAAAAUCUUAAGCUAUCUCCAUUUUUCAAAGUUAAAUUUUCUCGUGUGUAAAAUGAUAGGGUUUGGAUAUUCAUGGCUAGACUUGUGUAAAUGUACCCACUUUUUGUUAAUGCCAUUUAUUUUCGUAAUUGGUAAACAUAUAUUUAUUUGUAAAAAGAUAAUGCAACAUCUCUUUUUAACAACUGUAAUGUCAUUGGAAUUAAAGAUAUUGUCUUCCACGUCAAAAUGUACACACCCUAUUUCCUACCCCCGAUAUAUAUGUACCUAAGAAGGUUCUGGGGUGUAUCUUGUGCUUCCUGCGGCAAAAUGAAAGUAUUUCACCCACCCCUCCCCGGAGUUUAAUACAACAAUUAAUAAAAUCAGCCAAGGGACUCUAGCCCAGUGCGUACGCUAAAACACAGUUAUUGCACUUCAUAUGCUCUGCUCUUAUUAGGAUGAGCGAUGAGUGCACCAGUGAAUGAUAUUUGGCUUUGGGGUUUCGCUGCACUCAUUGACUUAAACAGCAUUUUCUUAUAAAAUUUUAUUUUAUUGCUUGAUAAAAUUAAAUUAAUAAAAGUUUAUUUUUAGAAGGAAAAAAUAUGUAAAAACGUAUUAAAUGUUAAAAAAUACAAUGGUAAUUUAUUGUGCGUUUUAUAACAAUUAAAUGCAAUCAAUUAUAUUUAUUAAUUUAACUUUUAAGAAGAGGGAAAUACAUUGUAAGUUUUGUCACACGCGGUUUUUAAAUGAAAGAAACUUAAAGAGUCCUGGUGAAAUAGGCUAUUCGCGCUAUGACGUCAUUGUGUGUUUAUUAAGAUCAAAUUAUUUUAACUUUUCUCAAUAUUAACAACGCACUAAAGAACGCACUAAAUAUAAACAUAUGUUUGGGUUUUCCCGAUAAAUGUGAUUAUUAUGUGAUUGUUAGAUAAUUGUUUUUUUUUAAAUCUAAUUUUUUUCCAUAACUUUCAAAUUCGGAUAAAAUUCUUAAAAUAGUUCAUUUUUUUCUAUUUUUAAUGUUUUUUUUAUAAUUUAUAAUUAUAAUACUUAAACAUUCACUAAAAUAAAAGCGGAUACAUUGUAUUUUUGCGCAUUUAAAUGUAUUCGAUUUCUGUAAAAUAAUAGAAAAUCACUAUCAUUGUUUUUAAGAAUCCUGACGUAUUUAAAUCGCUUCGACUCUUUGGCGUUAUGAUAAGCUAGCCCAUUUUUAUAUAUAUUCUUUUUAAACAAAAUCAUUCUGUAAAGUUCGUUUGAUUUAAAUAAAGUUUUUGACUGAACGAAGCUUGAAUACUAUGCUCAAAAUUCAAUUUUUACAAGAGUUCUUAUAAUUCUGAUAAUUUUAGGAUACAUUUUUAAAAUUUGAUUGAUACUUUAGCGCAAUUUUUUUGAGGGUGACCUAAACUCUAUGUACUGUGAUAACGCUUUAGAAUUUUUUUUUUUCCGAAUGGAUAUUCGAGGAACGCCGGGAAAAUUUGCUAGUUUAAUAUAAAGUUCACACAGAGUGUCGUCUGUUUACUUUCUUGAGAGACUUGCACGUGGUUAUACACAAUGUUACUCAAUGUAACAUUAUAACUUUGUUCUUAUGUUUUCAUGAGGCCAUUUAAAACAUGUAUUUGAUGUUUUAACAAUAUACUAUGGGUACAUAAAAUCGGAGCACGUCUUGGAUAAAAAAAAAUGUACAUGCAGAAUUAAUUGAUGCCCACGUGAUACAUUUAAAUUUAAUUGUAAUAUUUUGGCAGCCGAUUCAGGAAUUAUUUUCUUCUAAUUUAAGGAUUCACAUUUCACAUUAAAAGUCUGGCUGUCUGAUUUCAGCUCAAAAUAUGGUGUACUCAUAAAAAUUAAGAGGUUAAAAUAAUUUUACUUUUUUUUUUUUUAAACAUCAGAUCUGGUGUUUUGUUUUUCCUGAUCAUAAAUCAACUUUUUAUCAAUAUCACGGCAGUAGAAGUGUUUCUACAGGAGAGGAAACUUUUCAUGUAAGUUAUCUCAGAUCAAUAUCAGACUGGAUGAUUGCUUAGAAUAUUUAUGUUGGAAGUUAUUUGACAUUUUUUUAUGUCGGAUGUUAUUUGACAUUCUUUUGUUUCAUGUUUGGGACCAGUUUACUUAAAAUUUCUGUAGAGCGAUUGAGUUCGGAUGUUUUGUGGACCAAUUAAAUUAAGAUUUGUAUGGAGCGAAUGUUUAUCUUUAAAAAAUUGACAGUUCUUUACGUGUGUGCAAGAUUGACAAAUGAGACUCAGAUUUAUGAAUCCUUUUAAAAUCAUAUUUGAUAGCAUCAUGUAUCAGUCUGUUUUUGUCCCCAGGCAUGAGACCGUCAGUGGAUUCUACAGAGUGUCAGUCUAUUUUAUGGUCAAAGUAAUAUUUGAUAUCAUACCUCUGAGGAUGAUUCCUGCAGUCAUCUUAUCUGUCAUAGUUUACUUUGCUGUCGGUGAGUCCAUAGAUUCCAGCCUACAUAUAAACACUGCUGUGGGUAAGUCAAUAGAUUUAGGCCUACAUAUAAACACUGCUGUGGGUAAGUCAAUAGAUUUAGGCCUACAUAUAAACACUGCUGUGGGUAAGUCAAUACAUUUGGUUAUUCCUACAUAUCAACACUGUGAUGUGCUUCUACGAGUAUCUGCCGGGAAUGCCUUAAAUACAGUUACAAUUUUAUUGAUUAAAGCCAUCAGAAGUGUUUAAACAGUGCCACAAGAAAUGUUUGGGUUUGAACGAAUUUAUCUUUCAACCAAUGUAAGUAAGCUUGCUGACUGCCUGAAAUAUAUUUAUUUUAUUUUAUUAUAUUAUCUACAAUAUUAAAUUUUUACCCAUUGGUCUCACCUAAAUAAUGAUCUUCUAAUUUGUUCACAAAUUGAAAGCUAGUUGUUUUUUAAAAAAAAAAAUAUAUAUAUAUAUAUAUGAGAAGUUGCUAGAGUUGAAAUAACUUUGUUUCCAUCCCAGGUCUCAAUCAAGGUGCUGAAAACUUCUUCCUGUUCACAUUGUGUCUGUUCAGCACCACAGUGGCGGCCGCUUCUUUGUGUUUCCUCAUCAGCUCGACAGUACGUGUGUUUGCUGUGGCACAGCUUCUACUUGCGCUGUCUUAUGUCCUCAUGAUGGUAGGGACAAUGUUCUCAUGAUAUUAGGGAAACAUUUUAUGUCCUCAUAAUGGUAGAGACAAUGUUCUCAUGAUAAUAGGGAAAAUUUUAUGUCCUCAUGAUGGUAGGGAAAAUAUAAUGUCAUCAUGAUGUUAGGGAAAAUACUAUGUUCCCAUGAUGGUAGGGACAAUGUUAUGUCCUCAUGAUGGCAGGGAAAAUGCUAUGUCCACAUGAUCGUAGAGAAAAUAUUAACUCCUCAUGAUGGUAGGAAAAUGUUAUGUCCUUAUGAUGGUAGGGAAAAUAGUUAAAAUAUUGGAAUGUCCACAAAGUUUGUAUGUUAACAUCCUAACAAUUAAAAAAAAACAACUCCACUUAAACUCUGCGGUUCCAAAAAGCCUUUGAUAGCCUGGACCGACAAACAUUUCGGAAACUCCUCCAACAUGAUGGGGUGCCAGGAUCACUGCUAGGAUCAUUAAGAGUUUUUAUGAAGGAAAGAUAUCCAAGGUGGUAGACGAACGUAGACUCACAGAUGCCUUUAAAGUGGAAACAUGAUGUAUCUUGCCACCCCCUUCCCUUUUGUUCCUUUGUCAUUGUCGGGAUAAUGCAAGAAUGCAGAAACAAAAAAAGGAUAUACAGGAUACAGUUGACACACUGAGAACAACUGAAUGGCAUAGAAUUAGCAGAUGACAUUGCAUCUCUGGCCCACAACCAAUAACAAAGGCAUUAAGAUAAAAUGUGUAGCCACUAUUUCAGCAGGACUCUAACAUAAAUAGAAGCAAAAAAAAAAUAUCAUGACGAUAAACUCAACUAACCAAAAGCUUAUCUACUUGGCAGAAAAUGCAAUGAAAAAAGGGGAGACCUUCACCUAACUGGGCAGCACCAUUGACAUAAAUGGUGGAUCCGAAGCUGAUAUCAAGGUUGGAGUCGGAAAAGCUUGGUCAGCAUUUGUGCUAUUAAAGAAAAUAUGGAACUCAAAGGAGCUGACUCUGCAACCAAUGUCAGAACUUUCAACACAAAUGUCAAAACAGUCUUACUCUGUGGAGCAUAAACUUGGAAAACAGCGAGCAGAAAGUACAGAUCCUCAUAAACACUUGCCUUAGAAAGAUCCUGAGCAUCAAAUGACCAAACACCAUCACCAACAAAGACAUAGUGGAAAGGACAUGCCAGGAGCCUAUUAGUUUUUAGUUUUCGUAAAAAUAUAUGCUAUUGUUUCAGUUUAUUGGAAUAUCUGGACACAUUUUUCAAAUUGCCGUUGUUAGCUAAUCCUCGACAAAUAAUUAAUAACUAAUUUGCUAUUAUUUUCUACUUAAUUGUCGCUUAUAUCUCUAACACUGUUCGUUUGACCUAAAUGUUUUAUUUUUAUUUGCCAGUUGCUCGGAGGAUUCUUGAUCAACUUUGACUCUAUUGGGCCAUGGUUAAAUUGGGCCCAAUAUCUUAGUCUGUUCAAGUAUUCUUUAAAAGUAAGUUCUUAAUUUUUUGAAAUAACUAAAAAAAAAAUAACUAUUCUCACAGCAACUCCUAUCAGAGUCAAAGUUUGCUAGCACUCCCGGGCCUCGUUUUGAAUCAUUGACUAGCGCUCAAACAUGUACCUGAUAAAGGCUUUCUUUUCUGAGUAGCUCUAAACCAUUGUCAAAAUGAUUUCGAUUGAAGAUUGUCUUUGGUAGAUGAACUUAAUUUUUAUUAAUUGAGGCGUCUCCCGGACCGGCGGUGAUCUACAGACUGGCAUCAAUCCGCAAGUUCCAAGGCACAUGCCCCAAAUAAUUGAGAGCCAUUGAUCUUGUUUCAAAAGUAAACUGGAAAUUAUUGUAAACUUUACAUGAGCUUCUAAUUAACGGCUGUAUCUCGAAAGCAAUUUGAAACAGUAGCUUUAUAAAGUACUGGUACAGUUACUGUGUAGUUUGUUUUCUUUGUUCUUUUGAUCGUUUAUCCUUAAAGUUUUCAAAUUAUAUAAUGUAUAGGCAAUAUAGUAAGGAUAAAGAAUGAACUGAAAUCUUAACAAGGCUGUAAAGACUCAAGGCAAAAUAGUAUUUUUAUAUGGAACAGAAAACGUCUGUGGUCAGAGAAUAAAUAGCUCUGUGGUGUGUGCUAAGGUUGCCCAAAAAGGCCUCUGGCUUUGGUUUCAUAUAAAUAGUAAAUAGUGCUAAAUAAUGCUCAAAUUGUAACUUCCUACAAGUGAUAUAUUUCAUUUACUCAAAAUUAAAGUCAAAUACAAAUAACACAAAGCAUUCAUUUUUAAAUUUUAAAAUUUUUCCCUAGGCCCUGUACAUCAUUGAGUUUAAAGGAAGAUUGUUUUGUGCCAAUGAGACAUCCUGGUAAGUUGAUUGUUUUGUGCCAUUGAGACAUCCUGGUAAGUUGAUUGUUUUGUGCCAAUGAGACAUCCUGGUAAGUUGAUUGUUUUGUGCAAUGAGACAUCCUGGUAAGUUGAUUAUUUUGUGCCAAUGAGACAUCCUGGAAAGUUGAUUGUUUUGUGCCAAUGAGACAUCCUGGAAAGUUGAUUGUUUUGUGCCAAUGAGACAUCCUGGUAAGUUGAUUGUUUUGUGCCAAUGAGACAUCCUGGUAAGUUGAUUGUUUUUGCCAAUGAGACAUCCUGGUAAGUUGAUUGGGUUUCGUUGUUAGCUGUCCGAUUGAGUUGCUGUAAUUAUCCUAUUUAAUUAUCCUAAUCAUUUUUGAGAACACAACUCUUAUGCUGCAAAUUACAAGCAUAAUAAGAACAAUUCAUUUAAUUAUACAUUAAUUGUAAAUAUUCAUAUAUUAUUUUUUUAACCUUAAGCCCUGAAUAGUGUUGUUAUGAUAUGAAACACUUUGACCAAAUUAUGUUAUAAUUUGCUGAAAUAAAAUUAUGUAUAAAUAAAGAGGUUUAGUAUUUAAAAAAAAUAAGAUAAUCAAUCUUUUUAAGAUCUAUAAAGAUCUAUAAACAAUUGUGCUGUGUUUGUAUGUUCAAAAUCCAAUCAAACAAUGUUUACUUUUCUUCUGUUAGUCAACCCGGAGAUACAUAUCUCUCUAUGCAAGACAUGAACUAUACAGAACCAUGGGACUUCUGGCAGAACUACGUCGCUAUGGCAGUGUACACACUUUGUCUGUUGAUUCUGACGUACAUUCAGUUGAGGCGUAUGAAGAAAACAUCAUAA